GACAUCUGGAGAUGCAGAGAGUGGUGGAGGGGGGCAGAGACAUCUAAUGAUAGAGACUGCUGGCUGGGGAGAGGGAGCAGUCUGGGAAUCACUGGGGCAAGGGAGGGAGGGUCACAGGUAUAUCAGAGAACUCUCCCAUACACUUUAAUCACCCUGCAUGAAUGCUAUACUGUAUACAAAACAUAUAGCACAGAGUUUAAAGAUUCCAAGGAAAGAACACGUGGAAUAGAACGUUCUAAAGGAAUAUAUUUAUCUGGAAUAAGAGAAUACUGUUUUUGGAAGGCUGAUCUGGACUUGUAGGGGAGCAGAGACAUGGAAGAGGAUGCUGGGAAGACCCCACCUGAUGAAGCUUAUGGUAAGAUGGGAUGUUGGUUGGGAUGCUGAAUGGGAUGACAAUGCACACAGUUUGUUGUUAUCUGCUGCAUGAAAAUAACAGAAAAUCUGGGGUACUGUUAAUAUAAUGGUGUUAUUCCUGCAUGGAUUCCAAUGGCAGCCAGGGAUAUUUAACACCCAGAUGCAAAUAACAGUCAUGUCAUGUGAAGCCGUUAAAAGCUGCUAUAUCAGUUACUAGGUUUUCAAAAGCGAAAUAUCUUUUUUAUUGCAUUGCGUAUUGCACCUGGUUUUAUUUUUCCUGAAAUCGCCCUAAUGUUUUUGUUACACAUAUGGAAAAAUAAGGACUGAUUUUUGGCCAUCUUUGGCAAUGGGCGGAGCAUACGCAAGCUUCUAGCAACAUAUCCAUGUUCAUUUUACCGUAAUAUUAUCAUUCAACUUGCAUUAAAUGACGGAUUUACUUACCUCUCUUCGGCAUCUUCUGCAAUUUUUCGGCGCACCUCAUCUGAUCUGCCAUCCCGCACACUUAUUGGUUUUCAGUUCCAUAUCAUACAGAAGGACAGAAAAGGCAGGAGACGUAUAUAAUGUGCUGGAAAAGAUAGGAUUACGAUGACCGCGUAUCGAGCAUACAAUAAAAUGACACUAGGUUAUGUAUGUGUUGUGUGCUUCUCCCUAUAACUCCUCCUAUUACUCCAUAUAACCUCUCCCUAUAACUCCUCCUAUUACUCCAUAUAAUCUCUCCCUAUAACUCCCCCUAUUACUCCAUAUAACCUCUCUCUAUAACUCCUCUUAUUACUCCAUAUACCCUCUCCCUAUAACUCCUCCUAUUACUCCAUGUAACCUCUCUCUCUAACUCCUCCUAUUAUUACAUAUAACCUCUCCCUAUAACUCCUCCUAUUACUCCAUAUAACCUCUCUCUAUAACUCCUCCUAUUACUCCAUAUAACCUCUCCCUAUAACUCCUCCUAUUACUCCAUAUAACCUCUCUCUAUAACUCCCCCUAUUACUCCAUAUAACCUCUCUCUAUAACACCUCCUAUUACUCCAUAUAACCUCUCCCUAUAACUCCUUCUAUUACUCAUAUAACCUCUCCCUAGAACUCCUCCUAUUACUCCAUAUAACCUCUCCCUAUAACUCCUCCUAUUACUCCAUGUAACCUCUCCCUAGAACUCCUCAUAUUACUCCAUAUAACCUCUCUCUAUAACUCCUCCUAUUACUCCAUAUAACCUCUCCCUAUAACUCCUCAUAUUACUCCAUAUAACCUCUCCCUAUAACUCCUCCUAUUAUUCCAUAUAACCUCUCCCUAUAACUCCUCCUAUUACUCCAUAUAACCUCUCUCUAUAACUCCUCCUAUUACUCCAUAUGACUUCUCUCUAUAACUCCUCCUAUUACUCCAUAUAACCUCUCUAUAACUCCUCCUAUUACUCCAUAUAACCUCUCUCUAUAACUCCUCUUAUUACUCCAUAUAACCUCUCUAUAACUCCUCCUAUUACUCCAUAUAACCUCUCUCUAUAACUCCUCCUAUUACUCCAUAUAACCUCUCCCUAUAUCUCCUCCUAUUACUCCAUAUAACCUCUCCCUAUAACUCCUCCUAUUACUCCAUAUAGCCUCUCCCUAUUACACCAUAUAACCUUGCCUAGUUAUUAUUUUUAUAAUUACAAAUAAAGUGGAUUUAUUAAAGGGACACUAUAGGCAUCCUGACCACUUCAGCUCAUUGAAGUGGGCUGGGUGUAGUGUCCCUAUUGUACUUAGUUUUGCAAUGUUAAACAUUGCAGUCCCAGAGAAACCGAGGGACCGUCGCUGCUGGGAAUUUUAAACGAGCGGAGGUAAAGGAGGGGGGAGGCAGAGGUAGCUAUAGUGCUAGGAAAACAGCUUUGUAUUUCUGGCACUUAUGGUAUCCUUUUAAGGUGUAAUCACUUCUAGUGCUAUGGUGGAUAGAUAAUACAAACAGUACAGCUUAUUCACUAAGCUUGAAAUAGAGAACUGACAAAAGAACUGCAAAUUCAACAAACACAUUUGAAAUGUUUUAAAUAGUGCCAUUGUAUGGCAAAGCAGUAAUGUCGCUGUGCUUAUAAGAACAGCACUGCUAAUGGGGGGAGGUUAGGGUAAGGUUAGGUUCUUGGUUAAAUAUGGAUCGUAGCAUUACGGGGCGGUUAGUGUGAUGGAGCCUAGGGUUAGGGAGAUAGAUUUAAAGCAGAUCAGUCCCUUUCUAUAACAGUUCCCUCACCCUGCAAACACUAUACAGGAAUUUACUGGGGAGAGUAGAGCAGCAGAGGUAAAUAAUGUUGUGUGAUGCCUUGGACGCUCCCAUGUGAUCUCAGGUACCUGCAAAGGAAUGCUAUACAAGCACAUGCUUGCUCUGCCUUCCUUCAAUGGUUUUGCACAUGCGACCACUUGUCUGUCACACCGUGGGUUAACAUAAUUUACAUAACACGCUGGGUGUGUCAUGUAAACUUUAAGGGGUUCAAAAAUUAAAACCGCAGAGGAUUUGAAAAACCUGCAGCUAAAAUUUAAUUAGCUAUUGGUUUGCGCAGAAAUCUACGCAGUGACAGUUCCGCUUUGAGAGAACUUUAACGUUAGGUUGACCCACCGCCGUAAUGGCACCUGUCAUUAUUGAAGUCACUAUAAUGACGCCAUGCUUUCUGCGGUCAGCAUGUAAAAAAUUACUUUUCUUUGAAGAGAAAAUAAUAUAAGGACAAUACCGCAAAGAGAGAAAAUAGUAUGGCUAUUUCGGCUUACAAUUUGCAUAUCUCUCGUUAAUUCUGCACAAUUGCUGAUUUUGUCUUUGGCGUCUGUCUUUUUGCUCUGUCAUUGUCUAAAGCUUCAAUGUGUAAUGCAGACAAGAACCGUACAUUAUAUUUACAUUACAGGAUGUUUUGUCACUGGUUACUGGUUUAUGUUUUUACACUGAUCCCUACAUAUACAAUAAUCCAGGAGAUUAUGUAUAUACCGUAUGUAUGAUGUCAUUGUAUUAAUCCAACACACUGGAUAGCCACAACCCCAUGCUGGCGACACACAGCGUUCAACAUUGGGACUGCUGUACUUAUUAACUCCUUCGGGGAUAACAAGAACCACAAGAAUCUGUUUAGAGAUAUUUGUGUCCUGGAAAAAAAAGGCAUGUAUUAACUAUAUAUAUAUAUAUAUAUAUAUUUUUUAUCUUAAAUAGCUUUGUUGAUCCUUGUUUAAUAGAGAGCAAAAAAAAAAAAAAAAAACCUCAAAUAAGUUACAGAAUAAUGUCAGCUAAAGACCACAAUACAAUAAUAUUUUUAGGAUAUACUGUAUAUCUCUGCUGCCAAUGUGUAUGUGUUAUUGGGUGUAAAGUAGUCAAAAGGAUAAAUAUUUUACAAAUAUUUGACCUUUAAUAAUCAUGUAUACUAAAGUUCAGCGUUUGAUGCGAAAGACGAACAUUAUAGUUGAAGACGCCCUGUGCGGAUUUGUUGUAAUUGCUUCGGUGAUUAAAAGGAAACGAUAUGUAGAAAGUAGGGUUUUUUAAAAUAUUAUGUAGAUAAUGUAUCACAAAUUAUGCAAAAAAGUUAAAUAGGCAGAAAAUACUAAUUGCUAAUGCAAAGGUUUCUAAAAUCUGUUGCUCCAUCAGCCAGGAGUCUCUCAUACUGGUCUAAGGGGGCUUUCUUUUUCCAAAAUCUCUCUUCAGCAAAUGACCAAGGGAUAUUUAAUUCACCCCCAAAUACAGUUCCACUCAUUACAUUUGAUUACUUUAGAUCCCGAAGAAGCUGAUAUUCAUCUAAAUUGCACCUUUCAUGCAUUGUUUUCUAAUAGACUCGCUUCCUUGACAGGUACUUACACCAUAACCACUACCAUCAGCUGUAAUAACACAGUAAGCCGUAGUAUCUUUGAUGCAUAGAGUACCAUUUUAAAACCUUCAUACUAUUCUUUUAUUUUACAAUCCUGUUACUAAGGGAAUGGCUGCUCGUUACAUUAUUUUGUUCUAGGAGAACGGAACAUUCUUAUUUUUGGCGGUGGAGGCAUGGUUUCCAUAUGUCUUUAAAAAGUGAAAUGGGUGAGAAGAAUUUUCCAUCGCAGUUUCCAUCGUAAUCCUGUUCCCCAAAAAGUCUAAACUUAUCACAAGGAGCAGAAGCAAUCUUGAAAGGUUUGCAGGAAACAGAUGUUUGUUGAUUAAGAGUAGGAUAUUCUGGGAGAGGAAAAAAAAAUCCCUUCCUGUUAUUAUAAAAUAGUCAUCUUAAUCACUCUGAGAAAGUGGCUGCAGUUGGUACCUGGCAGUCUUCUUAACCCCUUCACUACUGAGCACUUUUUCAUUUAAAAAAUAUCUGCGUAACAUGUAUUUGAAGCAAGAGGUGCAUAGCUAGCCUAGAAACACACCAUAACACAACAAUUUGUGCGUAGAUAGCUUGGCAAACAGUUCAAAAUAAAAAAUACGUAAUUUUUUUUAUUUUUUAUAUUUUAUAAAAAUUUUAUAUUAUAUCAGAGACUACUGGCUCCUGGCAAAAAAAAAAAAAAACGAUCCUCUACAGGCUGGUAAUCAUAACUAUUAUCAUUAUUAUGAUAUAAAUGAGGGUGAGGCUUUGAGGACUAACUUUCAUACUGCCAAAUAUACGUGAAAAUAAAAACAUUUAUACUUGAUUUGGGUAUUAAAGGGGAUGCAGGGUUACUCCAGUUAUCAUAAUCACUGGUUAUUGUAUUUUAUUGGAGUCGUUCUGAUACUUUGAGGUUAUGAGUGCAGUAAGUUUUUGGGUUUUUUUCCAAACCAUUUUCAAGCACUUAUUAUUAAUAGUCAGUAUGUGCAUGACACAACAUGUUCAUUUUUGAGUGCUAGGUCAUAACGGAAUUUGGUCAUACUGAAGUGAUACUUAAAUUCAGUUAAAGGAACAUGCACCAAUACCACUAUAGAGCUCUGUAGUGAUAAUGGUCCCAAGGGUGUCCUAGCAGAUCCCCCCCCAUGGUAAGUAUGGACCUUUCAGUUAAUUCUGCUUUUUUAUGUCUCACCACAUGUUUACAACAUACAGAUAUUGUAUGAAUAAUGAAAGUGAAUUUUCAUGUGGUGCAGAUGCAACCCAUUCUGGUGCUGGAAAACAUUUCACAAGAACCAGGGAGACUCUGUCCUCUGCCUCUUUGUACCAUAUUCACUGCUAUAAUGGGUAUGGUGAUUGCACUGUCCCUUUAAUUCACAUGACCUUAAAUAAACACAGUAUCAUGGUUACUUAUAAAACAAUCAGGUCACAGACUAUUAUUAAACAUCUGUUAGAAACCAUGUGACUGUUGCUUUUGUUUAUGUGGUUUAACCUAUAGUCUGUGAUCAUGACUUUUUUUUUUUUCAUUUUAAAUUGAUACAUGCUUGUAUUGUGCACAUUCAAAUUAUGGAUAAGGAUAAUAUAUACUCAAUGAAGUUCAUCCUCUUACGUCUGUCUAAAAGGUGUGUGAUAUUUUUUAUAUGUUUCAUAAUAAAGUAAAUUAAUAAAGUAUGUUGUAUAAUUUGGCAAAAGGUAAUCUUGUAUGAUACCUCUUGAUGUAGUCCAAACAGAGAGGAUUCCUAGGGACUUCUAAGUCAGUCUCUACCAAUAUAUCUUAGUCCAAAAUCACAUUAGGAGGUCAAAAUGUCAUUAGUAUAUGCAGAAUAAAUCAUGGUUCAGGCACUCCAAGAUAGCAAAAAAUAGCUGCUUUAUUGGGGCAAAAACAGCAACGUUUCGACCCUACCGCGUCUCGAUAAUGUUGCUGUUUUUGCCCCAAUAAAGCUGCUAUUUUUUGUUAUCCUGGAGUGCCUGAACCAUGAUUAAUUCUGCAUAUUUUAGAAGGGAGGCCUGGCCAGCAUUGGUUUCAGAGCACCUGGGUUACUUGGUGAGUGCGGUAUCCAGUACGUUUCUAAAAUGUCCUUAGGAGUCUUUUUUAAACCUAGAUUACUUUGUAACUACGUGUUUUGUUGUCGUGCAGGCAAAUCAACAAUGGCUUCCCAUAUGCAGAGUACUUACAAACCAUUCCUGAGUCUGAUGAGAAAGUUAUAUUUUUGGGGGGUAUAUGUAAAACAUAAACAAAUCAAUGUAGCGCUAACAAUCUUUGUAGAUUAAAUUUUUUUAAUUUUUUUAUUAGCAAAUACAUAAAACCUACACAGAACUUGAGAGAAGGGAUUCAAACUACCAUAUAUUUUCUACUCUUGUUCUCCAAAAUGAGUUAACCCCCUUGAAACAGGUAUAAAGCUUACCUUUAUUCCAGCGCUGGGCUGGCCCACCAACACUGGCCCUGCCCCCAUUCCGCCUCCUUAGCUGAGUUAAUCAGAAUUGAUCAUCUCAGCCAAUCCAAUGCUUUCCCAUAGGAAAGCGUACGUGCGUACAUGCUGGCCAAUCAGCAUCUCCUCAUAGAGAAGCAUUGAUACAAUGCAUGUCUAUAGGGAAAGUUCAGCGCCUCAAUGCAGACCGUGGAGAUUCUGAAUGAAUGUGCAGCACUGACCCAGGAAGCACCUGAGUGGCUGCCACUGGAGGUGUCCGUUUUCUCUGAAGAGAUUGUGUUUACAUGAAAAGACCUGCAGGAUCGACUGUACUCACAGAUACAAUAAGCUAUUGUUGUUCAGGUGACCUUCGUGUCCGUUUAAUAUUGUGUUUACUUAUACCCUAUAUUUUACCAAUAUGUAACUUUGAUGUAUGAACAAUAAAAUUCAAUUUAGAAAUCACAAUUCGUUAUCCUGCAACCUCCAUCUUAGCUUCCUGUCACAGGAAAAAAAAAUCUACUUGUCCAAGGGACUAAAUUCCCUACUUCUCCUGACACAAAAUAAUUUAAAUGGCAAUCUACCUGUCCUGACACAAAAUAAUUUCCAUUACAUAGAUUGGGGGCCCUGCCAAGAGCCCUGGGCAUUGACACGGCCAUUUGCUGAACUGAAAGGACAAAUAGAGGCAAAAAUAACCAAUAGUAAAAACUCUGCUAAGUCACAUGACUAUGUUUGCCUUAGUUUUGUCAUUUGGAUUUUUUUUUUUUUUUAAAUUCUUUAUUUUUCGUGCAUAGAUUAUUCAUGUAACAGUUUUCUAGCGAUGCCACAACAGCUGUCGCCAGGGUUUGAGUAGACAUGUAAAUACAAUUGUAUGGCAGGAAUAACUUUGCACAUUUUUAUAUAUAUAUGAGAAGAGUGGAUAGUGGUAUAGCACUGUUCCAGCGUGAGUGUGAGAGAUUAUGUUCAGAUAGAGACCUUCAGGUUAGGGAGCAGGGGCUAGUGUGCGUGUUAACCAUCAGGUUAGAUUUUUGUUAGGUAUAUACAUGCGUUUAAGUGUUAUCAGCCCUGGCCGCAGGGCAGAGCAGUGCCUGUCCAAACUUUGGGCUGGUUUUGCUUUGAAAAUCACACUGCCCUGUCGCCUCAUUCUAAGUGUACGUGUCCCGUGUUUCAUCUACACUUGGUUAAAUCUAUGCUUCAGUCGACACCUAGCGCGACCCAACCGAAUUUAGCGGCAGCAAUUUGGAGAGUAGCCAGCCAGCCCGCGCAUCCCACCCCCAGCAAUCCCAUGAAUACUAGAUUGUUUGCUCAUGGAUAGUUAUGGGACAGGAGUGUUGCGGGCAAGCUGGCCCCCCCAAAUCACGUAUGCCACCCAGUCCAGGCUGCGAACUAUGUGCUCCAGACUUAUUUUGCGUAAGACUUAUAACUUAUUUUUAGUUUCAGAGUGCUAGAUCUAUCUGUGGUGUUAUCAAGUGGUCUGUGGUGUCAGUCGGUUAGUCGUGAGAGGAUCUUGUCAGGGGGCCUUAUCCGUGGUCCGUUUGAGUUACUCUCGAGGGGUAGUAGCCCUAACCUAGGGGCUGUCGGGGGGGGAUUUCUGUUCUGUAUGGUAGUGCAUAUUCCUUUAGUGCACUGGUAUUCCAGCGCCGUCCCUGACAGGCUCACAGCGCGUCAUAUGGGUGUUAGAGCGUCAGAUUAACUUGCUCAUUAUCAACAAAGCUUAAGUGGCUGAAGGUGAAAGGGUAUAUGAGAGAAACACAAGAAAAUACAUUUUGCCGUUUUUAGCCUUUGAGCGGGAUGGGGUAGGAGACUUCUCCCCUCAUUCCCGUCAUGUGGCGUGAGUGUCCCUUCUCCGUGUCCUCGGGGUGAACGGCUCUAUCGUCUCCGGGUCCCAGGCAUGGGUAGCGUUCUGGGCGUGCUCGGUCGGCAGGCCCAAUUUUGGUAGUAGCGCGGCAGCAUCAGGUCCUGUAGCGAUUUUGUACGUGUUUCCUCGGUGUGUAACCAGGAGGUGGCGUGGGUUUCCCCACCGAUAUGAUACGCCCGCGGAACGUAGCUGGCUGGUGAAGUCACUGAGGGUUCUUCUCCAUUGGAGAGUGGCUCUGGUUAAGUCCUGGUAAAAAGUCAGUUGAGACUCCUCGAAGUUGAGCGGUGUCUUGCCCUUGAGUGCCGACAUUAUGUGCCCCCUAUCCUGGGGAAGGAUGCAGCGGACUAUGACGUCUCCUGCUAGGAGUGUAGAUGCCCUUGUUGGGGUGGGUAGUCGGUAUAUUCCGGCAAAGGUGAGUUUCUUUGCCACCGCAGGAGGAAGUAUAGCUUGCGUGAGCCGUCUCACGUAGUGAGGUAAGUCCUCUUUGGAGACUGUGACAGGGAUACCUCGGAUUUUUAUGUUAUUGCGUCUGUGUUUGUCUUCUUGGGCUGCUAGUUGAACCUCGAAGUUUUGUUGAUUGUGUUGUAGUUGUGCGAGGGAGUCUUGCAGCGAGGUGAUUUCUUUUUGGAUCCCCUGCACUUCUCUCUCAGUGUGUACUACUUUUUCAGUGAUUUGUUGCAUGCUUGUUUUAAGGGCAGGUAAAUCUGCAGCCAGCAGGCUUUGGAUUUCUUGCAGCAUAAUUUGCAUAUGCUGCAGGUCCUGUUUAGUGGCCGGUUCAGUGGUACCCUGCUGGGGUGUGGGUUGUAGCCUUGGAACCCCCUGUGUGCUUUGCUCCCUUAAGUCAGAUUCUAGUGGGGAGUCUGGGCCUUGUGCGGCCGCCAUUUUGGCGGGUGUUUGCCUCUGGAGCAUUGUGCUUAUAUCAGGCUGAGCUGUACCUGGUUGAGGUUUCUGGGAUCUGCGUCCAAUCCCUGAGAUUCCGUGUUCGGAGUUGUGCUGGGAUGUGUCCCACUCGUCUUCUAGGAAGUCCCCGCCGAACAGGUAAUCCAGGCCGUGGUGGGCUGAUGGAAGGUAGGCCCGUGCUCUGUGUUUUGACUUUGCCUGCUUCGGGGUGUACCGGAAGGGCAUCGGAAGAAUCCGGGGGAUCUCCCCCGUGCUAUGCCGGUGUUCUUGCGGCUGGAUGUCAGGGCUGCGGGCUGAUAUUGAGCGGAUUCGGUCCGUAGAUGUCGGAGCCCGCAGAAAUGGCGUCCGGCCCGUUUCGUGUCCAGGCUCCGCCCCCUUGUCAUUUGGAUUUAUUUAGCAAAAAUUCAAAGCCUUGCAAAUUACUCUGAGUGUCUUACACUCUGCCCUCCCAAAGUAUCCCCCUUUUUCAUAGAGUGUGUUUGCUGUGUGCCAUGUAUGUUUGGUGAGUGCUGGCAGUGUGUGAUGAACAGAGAGUACUGACUGCUUGGUGCAGGUGUGGUGUAUGUCACAUGUGUGGUGAGUCCUGGCUGUAUGUGAUGCAUGUUAAAAUUAUAAUAUGUGUAAAUGAGUCAAUAUCAGACUGGAGCAGUUUAAAUGGAUUCCAAGAGAAAUGGGAUUAUUUAAAAGUUGCACUGCUGAAGGCAACAGAAAAUUGCAUUAGGCUUGUCAGUAAAAGCAAAAAAUUUAAGAAACCACUGUGGUACCCCACAGAUGUGGCCAAAAUAGUAAAAAAACAAAAAGUUAGCAUUUAGUAAUUAUAAAAAAAAACCAGAGUGAGGAAGACAGAAUGAUCUAUAAGAUUAGGCAGAAAGAGGCUACGCAAGUUAUAAGAGCUUCCAAAUCACACACAGAAGAGAAAAUAGCACAGUCAGUAAAAAAAGGGGACAAAACAUUUUUUUUAGAUACAUAAAUGAGAAAAGAAAAGUAAAACAAGGAUUAGUUAGAUUAAAAACAAAAGAAGGUAGAUAUGUAGAAGAGGAUAAAGGUCUAGCUGACUGCCUCAAUGAAUAUUUUUGUUCAGUAUUUACAGAUGAAAAUGAAGGAAAGGGGCCUCAGUUAGGAAAAAGGACAAAUUAGUCAUUUGUUACAUGUGAGUUUACAGAGGCAGAGGCUGUAUUUCAACUGUCAAAAGUAAAGACAGAUAAGUCAAUGGGACCUGAUGGAAUACACCCAAAGCUAUUAAAAGAGCUUAGUGGUGUACUAGCAAAACCAUUAACAGAUUUAUUUAACCAAUCAUUGUUAACAGGAGUAGUCCCAGAAGAUUGGAAGUUAGCGAAUGUUGUGCCCAUUUACAAGAAAGGUAAUAGGGAGGAGUCGGGCAACUAUAGGCCAGUAAGCCUUACUUCAGUAGUGGGGAAAGUGAUGGAAACCAUGUUAAAGGAUAGGAUUGUUGAACAUCUAAAAACACAUGGAUUUCAAGAUCAGAGACAACAUGGGUUUACUUCAGGGAGAUCAUGCCAAACUAAUCUUAUUGAUUUUUUUGGUUGGGUAACUAAAAUAAUAGAUCACGGUGGUGCAGUAGACAUUGCUUACCUAGAUUUCAGUAAGGCUUUUGAUACUGUUGCACAUAGAAGGCUUAUCAAUAAACUGCAAUCUUUAAGUUUGGAUUCCAAUAUUGUUGAAUGGGUAAGGCAGUGGCUGAGUGACAGGCAACAGAGGGUUGUAGUCAAUGGAGUAUAUUCAAAGCAUGGGCUUGUCACCAGUGGAGUACCUCAGGGAUCUGUACUUGGACCCAUUCUCUCUAAUGUUUUUAUUAGUGAUAUAGCAGAAGGACUUGAUGGUAAGGUAUGUCUUUUUGCUGAUGAUACUUAGAUAUGUUGGGUUGGGUUGGGUUGAUGUUCCCGGAGGGAUAAGCCAAAUGGCAAAUGAUUUAGGUAAACUAGAAAAAUGGUCAGAGUUGUGGCAACUGACAUUUAAUGUGGAUAAGUGCAAGAUAAUGCAUCUUGGACAUAAAAACCCAAGGGCAGAGUACGGAAUAUUUGGUAGAGUCCUAACCUCAACAUCUGAGGAAAGGGAUUUAUUUCUGAUGACUUAAAGGUAGGCAGACAAUGUAAUAGAGCAGCAGGAAACGCUAGAAGAAUUCUUGGUUGUAUAGGGAGAGGUAUUAGCAGUAGAAAGAGGGAAGUGCUCAUGCCAUUGUACAGAACACUGGCGAGACCUAACUUGGUGUAUUGUACACAGUACUGGAGACCGUAUCUUCAGAAGGAUAUUGCUACUUUAGAGAGAGUUCAGAGAAGGGCUACUAAACUGGUUCGUGGAUUGCAGGAUAAAACUUACAAGGAAAGGUUAAAGGAACUUAUAGCUUGGAGGAAAGACAAGACAGAGGGGAUAUGAUAGAAACAUUUAAAUACAUAAAGGAAAUCAACACAGUAAAGGAGGAGACUAUAUUUAAAAAGAAGAAAAACUACCACAACAAGAGGACAUAGUCUUAAAUUAGAGGGGCAAAGGUUUAAGAAUAAUAUCCGGAAGUAUUACUUUACUGAGAGGGUAGUGGAUGCAUGGAAUAGCCUUCCAGCUGAAGUGGUAGAGGCCAACACAGUAAAGGAAUUUAAGCAUGCCUGGGAUAUGCAUAAGGCUAUCCUAACUAAUGAACGUAUUUUAAAAAAAAUUGGGCAGACUAGAUGGGCCGAAUGGUUCUUAUCUGCUGUCACAUUCUAUGUUUCUAUGUUGCGUGCUGGCUGUAUGUGGUAUGUGUACGUGUGGCCGUAUGCGAUGUGUGUGUGUGUGAUGGUUGUAUGUGACAUUUGUGUUUGCUGGCUAUAUGUGGUAUUUGUAUGUGUUGGUUGUAUGUGGUGUUUAUCCUGGGUGUGAUGUGUGUUGUGGCUGUAUGUGAUGUGUGUACUAGCUGUACGUGGUUGUGAUAUACUAACCAAUAUACACUGUACAUAAUUCUACAUACCUGCUGUCACUUGCUACACUCUGUAGAACAGAACACUUUGACAAAUCUACUCCACUGUUUGUAAGUCUUCUCCUCAUUUGGGGUCCAGUGGGCAACAAAAGGUGAGGUCCCUACUUUGUUUUAUGUUAUCUUUUGACUGGGUUGGUAUUUCAGUUAAAUUUCACAACAGUAAUUCUGAGUAUUUUAGAAAGAUUCAAUAGUUAUGAAAUACCCAAUUUUGAUAGGGUGGGCGGGGGGUGGAGGUGAUAGAUUUGCUUUAACAUAAAUUAAAAGAAAUCAGAGCAUCACACGAAAGAAAAAAGAGUAACAGUUUAUAGGUGACUUUCAAAGUUUUAUUCAGUGGUGUGAUUUCCAGAUACAUGACUGUUUCACAAAAAGAUAGUGUUCUGGUUCGGGAAACCUGGCUUUAGUAAACGGAUAAUUCAAACAAUCUGAUACCAUCAUAUGCUCAACAAGUUUGUGGAAACACGGUCACAGUAAAUAUAACUUACAAUGAAGCGAGCAGACAGAAAGAUACAUUAGACAAAGAAUGUGCUUUAUUAAAACAACCGCCAAUUUUAAAAGUUUAUCUUUGAUCAAUAAAUUGGGUGAAUCACAGACAGGUGUAUCCAUAGUGUGGCAAAAAGUAACAGAGAGAACGUUAAGUAUUAGUAAAUCCUUCUCUAAAUCCUCUUGUUCUCUAAGUGUAUCCUGCCAAGGUUUGCAGUGUUGGCUACCUGCUCCUGUUUUGUUUGACUUGGACAUUAAUUCUGCCUCAUCAUUAUCUUUUUUAAAGCGGCACUGUCACUUUCCAGUGCAAAAUUUGUAUUUCAUAAAGAUAAAGUCUUAGAAUGACCGUGUUGGAAUUUCACUGAAAUGUCAACCCAGUCGAGAGAUAUAGUGAGACAAAGUAGGGACUACUUUGUCUGAGCACUCUUCCUACGUCUGGCGUUUCUUGACACAGGAGCGGAGCUACUGCCAUCAAUAAGUGUCAAUACUGCAGGAAAUGUUUCCCUUAUCUAUGGAGAAUUCCGUGAUCUCGUGGGAUCCUCGAUAAACCUCUCAGCUGCACUCUUGCAUCUGCGCGAUAGUUCAGCAGUGAUGUUGGCUUGUGGCAGCUGUAGUGCCAGGAACAGAAUAGGACCACCCAGAAGAUGAUGGCAGCUCCUGCAAACAGUUUCAGCAUCCAGCGCGCCAGCGGUAAGACCACUGUUGGGGGUCUUUGCAAAUUAUGCAAAGUUCCCAGAUGGUGAUAGUGCCACUUUAAAUCAAUAUUAUUACUGUGAGUUUCUCUGACCUAGUUUGAGUUGAAUCUAAUCUUUGUACGACUGGUCUGUACUGUGUAUUGGCCUUGGAACCAUUUCGAACUCUGCCUUAUACUUCUAAGAUUCUACCAUUUCUGUCUGUGAUCUAUCCAGUGUCGUUCUGCCAUUCUGCCCUACCUAAUUCUCUAUUCGCUGUACAGCUGCCGUUCAUUUAUUGGUUUCAUAUAUCAUGUUCUUCUAUGACUCAUCUGUUCCUUGUCAAGUAUUACCUUCUGAUGUUUUCUCUGAGCUCUCAGCCUAGUCUAGAGCUGUCUUACUGUAUGAAAGUCUCAAAUACGAGCAAAAUCCAACGGAGCACCCAAAGUCCAAGGGCUGGACAUGUUGACAUAAAUGGCUUUUACGGUGAAGUUCGCAUGGACCCAGCUGAUACAACUAUAGCACCCAUCUCGAGCACAUUGCUAUGUGACCCUAUUCUAUAUUAAAGCAGUGCAGGCUUGAUUUUGAGAAGUAUUGUGGGGAAGUAAAUAACCACAAAUACUUCCUUUCUAGUACCAUGUUUUCAGAUGACUGUGUAACAAGUUGACUAUAAAUUGUGUUUCCCAACUAUAGGUGCCUAUGCAUUUAAACAUUGCAUUUAAACAUUUCAGUGUCAGGGUGUCUGACAUUUUUCCUGUCUCAAGAGAUCCUGUUGGCCAAUACACUUUAAAAAUAACUUUCUGCUUCCUUUGUAAACAUUGUAGAUAUUUUUAAACUGCUUUCUGACUGUAACUUUGAGGGGGGGAAAAAUAUCAACAAAAUUAAAAGCAGUGUUUUCUCACGCUCUGUCUCUUAGUCCAGUCAUCUUAAUCAGCAACAAAAAUCUUAAGGGAAGCUCUGGGCACCAUAAGCACUUCAAGGGAUUGAAGUGAUUAUGUUGCCUUGAGACCAUUGGUGCCAGGUCCCACAUCACUGCUAAACAGUGUACUCGUAGUUUAGUAGAAAUGCCAAAUUGAAGGUAAGGCUGAUUUUGAAAAAUUCUCUAAGUCGGCAAUGCUUCCAAUUCGCCCUACUUUGACCUUAAAUGUAAAAUUCACUGUGACAGACCACCCGGUCACCCAACCACCUGCGCCCUCUUAAAAGGACUAUAAUCGGGGGCGGAGCUAGCUGCAGACCAGCAAAGACGCAUUGUGCAAAGCUCCAUACCAACGCAGGCAAAAUAUCCGAUUUACCGGCGGAGAUUGGGCGCCUACCUAUCCCAUACCUUGCCUACCGGUAGGGGAAGUGAAGAUGGGCAAGAAAAACAAAAAACAGAGGCCAGACAAACCUCCUUUCAGUCAUGAUAUCGGCGAACUCCUGUGGAAAUCACAGAAGGCCGCAUGGGAGAAAAUUGCGUGGGGGAAGCUGAGUACUCCAACUUCUCAGAGGAUUUCUAUCCAGACCUGGGAGAAGGCGCAUUGACAGCCCAGUCCACAGGGCACAAAACCAAAGCACCUCCAGCAGGAGAACCGGUCACCGCAGCCCUACUAACAAAAAUGGUCACAGAACUCAGGCAAGACUUAGCUGCCGACUGGGCAACCUUCAAGGAGGGUAUGGAAGGGGCCAACACAAGGCUUACCUCUCUAGAGACCAACGCAAAUGCCCAAUACGCACGACUAACUACUCUGGAACUGAGAAUGUCAGACCUCCACAAACAACAAUUCGACACAGCAGAAAAAGUGGAGGCCUUGGAGGACCACAGACGGAGAAAUAACCUAAAUCUCAGAGGUGUACCCGAUGACAUUGGGCUUGCCGACCUCCCACACUACAUGAGGCGCCUCUUGUCAACGCUCCUGCAGCCUAAACAAGAUAAUCUAGGGAAGCUAGACGGCCUGUUCCACCUGCCUAAACCGGCAAACGCACCACCAACCGCCACGGCUGACCUCAUUGUGAAAUGCCAAACCCACCAAGACAAGACCGCCGUCCUUACAGCGACCCGAGGGAAAACCCCUCUAUCAUUUGAGGAUUCUCAGUUAAAGUUGUUCCCUUACCUUAGAAGGAGUACACUAAGCUGGCGCAAAUCGCUUCAACCGAGCCUACAACACCUGAGAUCCAACAAUAUCCAGUACCGCUGGGGUACACCGCGACUCAUCACUUUCACCUGCAUACCGGGCAAGGAGUCCGCAGGAACUAGACUCACACCUGGCCUGGCUGGGCCUGACCACUCCGCAAGCAGAACCUACAACCACCCUGACCCAGCUAGCCCCCACCACAGUACGGGAAUUUAUACCCAGAUCGUCCUGGCGUGCUACACCAGCAGGCAACACAACCUGAGGGAGCUACACAGAAAGGACGAUUCUCCAUCCUGUAGGAUGCCAUAGAUCCCGCCACCACACUCAGUGUCUAUACUUACCAUGUUAUAUUUGUUAUUUUGCUUGUUGGUUACUAUGCUAGCACAUUGUUUAUGUUUUCACAAUUUUUAUAAUCUGCCAUACCCAGCCCAGCUAGAAUGGGCCACUGUACGACCCCAUUUACAGGCUCCCUUUAUCAUAUUAGAGCCAUACACAGAGGGGCCCGCACAAAGCCAGGUAUAAGUCAGAGAAAUUCGCUAUAACGCUGGCUCCGGUAUUCCCCCGCCCCAACCAAGAUGGUUCAGUUAACCUACUAUUGUAAAUCCCCGGAGGUGGACACCCCCGCUCCCUGGAGCACCUAAGCUAACGCGUCAUAGACCGACUUCUGAGUAUACCUCAUACAUGUGUCCAGGGGGACGUAUUUUUGCUAUAUUGUUUCGUUGACUAACAUGUUUUUCAUAAACAAAAACUCACUCACCGUGAUACCAUAUUCCAGCCAGUAACAACACUAUUAUUAUUGUAUGUGAAUCGGUCUACAAGAUAUUGCUCUCUCCUGGUGCUCCUCCUACCUCUCCCAGCGCUCUUUCAGUGUUUCUUUCUCUGGCUCUGCUUCUUCUCCCCAACUCCUCUCUGUUGGUGUCCCCCAAGGUUCAGUCCUUGGUCCCCUACUGUUCUCCAUCUAUACUGCCUCCCUUGGUAAACUCAUUAGCUCCUUUGGCUUCCAAUAUCAUUUCUAUGCAGAUGACACGCAAAUCUACCUGUCCUCUCCUGAUCUCUCCCCGUCCCUCUUGACUUGUGUCUCUGACUGCUUCUCUGCUUUUUUUAACUGCAUGGCUGCCCACUUCCUUAAACUAAACUUGACCAAAACUGAAAUUCUGUUUUUUCCUACCUCAAGUGUUGUUACUCCUGUGUCUCCCUCCCUCCAAGUCAACGGUGCUACCAUCAGCUCCACCACACAGGCUCGCUGCCUAGGUGUUCUCUUUGACUCCAACCUCUCCUUCAAGCCUCAUGUUCAGUCUAUCGUCAAAUCCUGUCAUUUCCAUCUCAAAAACAUUGCGCGCAUCUGCCCCUACUUAACGCCAGAUGCGACUAAGGUGCUGGUCCAUUCCACUGUCCUUUCUCGCCUUGACUACUUUAAUCUGCUUCUCAGUGGUCUUACAUGCUCCCAACUUGCGCCGUUACAGUCCAUAAUGAAUGCGGGGGCGAGGGUCAUCUUCCUGUCCACCCGCACCUCCCACGCCUCACCCUUCUGUCAGUCCCUACAUUGGCUUCCUAUAAGAUAUAGAGCUCAAUUUAAAAUUCUGGUUUUUGCUUUCAAAUCUCUACAUAAUGCUGCUCCCACCUAUCUAUCCUCCCUUAUACACAAGUUAUACAUGUCUAGGCCCUUACGAUCUGCUGAAGACUUACGUCUAUCUUCUGUCCGUACUCCCACCUCUGAUGCUCGCCUUCAAGAUUUCUCGAGGGCUGCACCGUUCCUGUGGAACUCGCUUCCCUCCUCCGUUAGAUGCUCACCCAGUCUCCACUUCAAAAAAUCGUUAAAAACCCACUUCUUCAUAAAAGCGUAUCAAUUAAACUGUUAAUAGCUCCUGACUGAUUCCUCUUCUGCAACUGUCACUAGUCUAAUACUAUCCUUACCUUUUUGUGUCAUUUUACCCCACUCCCUCUAGCAUGUAAGCUCAUUGAGCAGGGCCCUCAACCCCUCUGUUCCUGUGUGUCCAACUUGUCUGAUUACAACUACAUGUCUGUUCGUCCACCCAUUGUAAAGCGCUGCGGAAUUUGAUGGCGCUAUAUAAAUAACAUAAUAAUAAUAAUGUGAACUCUAAGGGCGACAGCCCACAUAUUGUAUUGCUUUUUCUCACAUGCUGAGUGACCAAAAGAAAGAAUAAAAAAAAAAGGACUGGCCGGGAACUUGUAGAGGCAUGGCAUGCCUGACCAGGAGCAACCCUCAAGCCCCCUGGAAUUCCUCAUCGGAUCGCGUAGUUGCAGCGGUCUGGUAAAACUUUGUUGAGGGUGCUCUCCAGAAUGACCUAUCCCUAUUUGGAGGGGUGAUAGAUGAGGGGGUGAGGCAUCGAAUGAUACCCAGGACUUAAAGGAAGCUCCGUAUAGCGGCAGAAAGCGACACCCUUUUAGUUGACUUGGAUUUCCCACCCAGCGCUGUGGAACUCUGUGCCGAAUCGGAGGAUGGGCACGGCCAAAAUUGUACUUCCAGCUAACUUGAGCUAGCCACCUCCGAUCCAAGCACUUUUUGGUCAGAGUGGACACUCGGAAGAGAGCUUUCUGGGGACUGCAUUUGUUUGGAGAUGUGGGCACUAGAACCCUGUUUUUUAUUAGAAAUUGUUAACCAGCGCUGAGGUGUCUGGUCUCUAAUUAAAUUAUCUGGUCAGGUACGGACUCCCAGGCAUUCUACUUCACCCUACACUAAGUUUCAGCUAGUGUUUGGUUGAACCCGUUAUAGGGUUUAAAUAAGGUGGUGAAUAGCUAGAGGGGAUGAUUAUAAUAAUCACUCUAAUCACUCUGCGCUAUAAUCACACUCAGGUCCCAUGCGAGUAGGCCGCCAAAUUCACUUUGACUUGUCACUUUUGUGAAUAACUAAUGGUAAUUAGAAGCUGCCAAUUUCACUAUCUGAAUAAAAAUGUCAUCUGCCUGUGUAAGUAUGAAGAGACAUAUGUUAAAGGGUCAUUAUAGUUUCAGGAAAACAAAGCAGUUUUCCUGACACUAUAGUGUCUUGAGGGUGCCCCCACACUCACGGUCCCCCUCCCGUGGCACUGAAGGGUUAAAACCCCUUUAGCAACUUACCUUAAUCCAUCGCUGGGCUCCCUCGGCGCUCCUCCCAGUCUGACGUCAGCUCCCUAGUGGAGCGGAAUGCGCAUGCACGGCAAGUGCCACACGCGAAUUCAAAGAGUCCAUAGGAAAGCAUUUCUCAAUGGACGCUUUCCUAUGGACGCUUUGCGCAAUGGAUGCGAAAUUUGCAUCCAGCGUCGCAGAUGCACCUCUAGUGGCUGUCUGGAAGACAGCCACUAGAGGCUGGAUUAACCCCAAAUGUAAUCAUAUGUUUGCAUCAGAAGGGUUAAAACUUGAGGGACCUGGCACCCAGACCACUUCAUAAAUUAGAAUAAGCAUGAGCACGCUAAUGCCAACAAGUCAGAUUGUGGAUUGGAGGUCAGCCAAGGAGGUGACAGUGUUGAGGAAGUUCACUCUACUGUAGGACAAUGGCUCCGAAGGACAGAGAUGUUUUUCAUCAAGAAAGGAAUUAUUAAAGGGACAGUGACACUAUUUACUACAACUGUUGUAUUGCUGGAGAGCUGUGUUAUGUUUCACAGACACUCCUCACAUUAUGGUGUAUCCCUCUUUAAGUUAUACUGUCUCUUCUAAGAAGGACAUUUCGAAGAAUGCCAUUAUGGACCUUAUUAUUCCAAAGAUGUGUAGAAUGUCUGGGAGAACUUGGAAAGCGUAGAAUGCUGAAAGUUUUUUUUUUCUUUAUUGAUAAGUUUAGCACAAUACAAAAGGAAAAAAAGAGAACAAGAUUUAAUUUUGAAGUUUAUUUUGGGUUUAGUAGAGAAUUCAGGUACUCUUCAGAUAGCUACCAUUAUUAUCCCACUUUGCUGCUUUCCCAAGUUGGAAUCCCUAUUAAAUCAGGUGACACCCUUCUGUCACUACUCUCACAAUGAACUGAACCAGAAUAUGUCUUCAUUUUCCCAUCAUACGAGGGUAAUUCUUCAGGAACCUAAUCAAACAUAGUCUCCUUUAAACAAUGUGACAUUAUGCAUGUGGUUACAUAGCAGAGCAUGAACACGUGGUGACUGAUUUUCCAGAUGCAUGUUGGGUCCAUGAGAGAUGCCAGCCCAGGGUGUGUUAUUCUUCAGACGUACAGAACAUUGGUUGUACUAGUUAUGUGGCUUUAGUAAAUACCAAAAAUAGAAACCCUAAGUACUUCAAGCCUGCUAUUAUGGUUCUGUUUAUUGCUGACAGGGAUGGGAUUUGACUUGUAUCUCGUAUCCUUUAAACAUUUCUGUUAUAUGGUUCCUGUAUCGAAUUAUGACGUGUCUAUAAACAAUGGAAAUCCGUUGGUGAUUUGUAAAUAUUAAUAACAAUUAUGGGAUGUGCUAAAGUGUACUAUUAAACAGCAGGGGGCGUAUCUGAGGAGAGACAAUAAAAUCAGAAGCGACAGAUCACAAGAGACAGUGUAUCAGGAAAUGGAUCACACUGAUCACAGUGGGCUGUUAGAAAGUAACACGACAGCCCCAUAAAUCACUUCAAAAACAGAUUGGUUAAUUUUGAAUGUAUUUGCAGUUAAUAUUAAUGGACACAUACUACAUACAACAUGCAUAUGAGCUGCUCAUGAAGAGUGCCACCCUCACUGUAUGUAGAAACCUUGUGCUUCAGGAAGAAAUCUGCAAGUGCUUUUAAAAGAAUAGUCUUGAUCAAUUAAGUUCUCUGAUGUAGCAUAUGAAUGCUGCAUACAUCACACAAAUUAUUUUUCAUGCAGAUCUACUAAGUUUGUUGAGUCUAAAAUCAGGAGAUAGGAGAGGGAGCAGGGUGGCAGGAAAGGCCAGUGGGAAGGCAUGGCUGAAUCGCAAUUAAUUUCAUUUAACCUUGCGCUACAGUUAAUAGCAGUCCUCGUGACACAGUGACAGUCGGUCUGUCUGGUGAUACGGUGGACUGAUUGCUGAAUUCUGAGUGGCAAGAUUUUGGCAAAUAUAGCUGUUAUGGAAGAAUUCUCUAACUUAGCUAUAGUCACAGAUUGCCUAAAUUAGUCUUAAAUCUGUGAUUCAGAACUCAUUUACUAAUUUCAGACUGUAGUGAAUUACCCUUACUGUGUAGCACAUGUUAAAAUUGCGUGAUUUGAUAAAUCUGUUCAUGUAUAUCCGCAUAAAGAGACACGUAUGCAGAAACUGAUGGCGCAUAUGGCAACCCCAUGUGUUCGGAGUUAGUUUAGAAAAAAGAGGGUAGAGUUGGCAUACCCUCCUGUUUGUACGGACCUUUUGUAUGGACUACGCUGUGUGACAUGACAUGAAAAAACUUGCUGUAUGUGGAACUCAUAUGCUGCAUGGGGAAUAAGGUGGAAUCCAAAAGUAUUAUCGUUAGAUAAAAGGGACACUAUAGGCACCCAGAGCAUUGCAUCUCAAUAAGGCUGUCUGUGUACCAUGCCCCUGUAAAACAAUGCCAUUUUGCCUGACCGGCAUUGUAGGGUUUAAAUGCCUUUGAUGGUUGUCACUCUGAUAGCUAGGAGAGGCGCUUCCUCAGAGUUUAAUAAAUCGUUAUGUGGGCCCCUGUCUGAACCUGGAGGUUCGGCUUUUCACGGGUCCUCCAUCAUCCGGCAGGAAGAUCAAAAGAUACCCCACAUACCCCCUAACACUGCCACAGUCACAACUCCAGCCACCCCCAGAAGAUAGACAUACUAUACAUGAAACACAGCCACACCAUAAACACAACAUACAAAUUCCGCAAGCGGCCCACAUUACGCACAACUACCACACACAUACGCCACCAGACACAGACAUACACAUGCACGCAAAGACACAUUUACACACAAGGAAGCUCAGACACAUACACAGAUACACAAUGCCAGGGACAAAGACAAACUAAGUUAGAAUUGCACUCACACGCUCUGAGCCACAUACACAGGUACAUAAUGCCAGACACACAGACAUACUCAGGCUGCCCCCACCCAUACAGUUCUCAUCCUCCUCGACAAACACAACACUCAGUCAACACACAUACGCACCACUCAGAGAAACCGAUCCCAGAGCUUGUUUUACCAUAUUGGCACAGUGGAGCAUGUUUCUACCAUCUAAUCGGCACAGCGGAACGUUUUGUGCAUUAGUCUCCAAAUACUAUUCUAUGGGAAAGAAUUGGACUGGACGGCGAGACAACAGCAUGAAAACCGACACGACGAGAGAGAACGAUAAGUUAAAGUGUGUGGGGUGUGGGGGGAUUCUAAUCUGUUAACAAGACAUGAUAGCGUUAGGAGUACACAUUUGUAUUAUAACUCUGUAGUGUUCCUUAAGCUGAUUUUUCAGCAGUAGAAUGCUACAUACUACAAUGAAUAUUAAUUUACUUUCCAUAAUGCAGGGAUAAGUGUUCCACAAAACAUGUUCAAUAUUUUUUUAGGGUACUAUUAGGAGACAGGCGAUUUAGGCAGCUCUCUAAUUAGUCAUGUUUGAGUUUUGCCUAAGGCCUUACAAAGUCUAGAGCCACCACUGGGAAGGAGUAUUUAAGGGUUAAUUUGGAAGAGACAAAGGACAUUCGCAAGUUAUGUAGUGUGGGAUUUUGGAAUUUAUUUACAGAAAUUAAGUGAGGAGGGGGUUUAUUAAUUACAGGACAGGGAGGCAGGUGAGAUUUCAUGGUAUAGGCAGGGCCGGUGAGUCCAUAAGGCGGCACAGGCGGCCGCACCAGCUCUGGGGGCGCAAAAUUCCAGUGAUCGGCAGGAGGGAAGUGCUCCCUCCUACCAGGCCACCUUCUGGAUCCCUGGCGCGGCGUGCGGCUGAAUUGGAAUCCGAGGCAGCGAGGGAGCUCUCUGCUCUGCUCCCUCACGCGCCUUUUGCUGAUGCUGGGAGCCGGAAUAUGACGUCAUAUUCCGGCUCCCGGCAUCAGUAAACAGCCCACGAGCAGAGCAGAGAGAACACAGCUCCCUCGCCACCUCGGACUCCAAUUCAGCUGCACGCCUAUUAAUAAUUAGUGUGUGUGUCUGUGAGUGAGUGUGUGAGUGUAAGUGUGUGCAUGUGAGUGUGUGUCUGUCAGUGUGUGUUUGUCAAUGAGUCUGUCAGUGUGCGUGUGUCUGUCUGUCAGUGUGCAUGUGUGUGUCUGUCAAUGAAUGAGUGUGUCAGAUAAGUGAGUCUGGCUGUCAGAGACGUCUGUGUGUUUGUCAUUGAGUGUGUGUGACUGUCAGUGUCUAUAGACCACUGAGUGUAGCGUGGCCAAGCGGAGCUCAGCCACGUUACAAGAAAGGUAUGAGGCACACCAGGAAGGGUAGGGGACCACUAUGGGGGUGAGUGGUGCACCAAGGGACAGGGAGAGGAGGGUAGAGACACAAUAAGGAACAGGAAAAGGAGGGAGGAGGGGAGAGGAACACUAAGGGACAGGAAAAUAAGGGGAGAGAAGCACUAAGGGACAGGGAACAGAGGGAGGAGGGGAGAGGAACACUCAUGGGACAGGAAAAGGAGGGGGAGGGGAGAGGACACUAAGGGAUGGGGAGGGGAGAGGGGCUGGAUGUGAAAGAAACACAGCGAGGCUUGAGAAGGGGAAAAAGAGUCACACAGAGGGGCUGGGGGGGAAAGAGAUACACACAAUGGAGCUGGGAAGAGUAAAAGACACAAAGGGGCUGGGAGAGAAGGAGUCACACAAAGGGGCUGGGAGGAGUAAGACACACAAAAUGUGGGAGGAUGUAAGCGUUAUACAAAGAGGAGAGAUAGGAGACACACAAGGGGAAAAAUAUGAGAUAAAAUACACUAAAGGGAGUAAGAUAGUUAAAAGACGGGAUAAGAAACACAAAAGGGAGGUUAAGAGGCACACAGGUUAAGAUGUUUUUUGGGAGGGGGCGGAAAAAUGCAUUUUCGCCUAUGUACCCAAAAUUCUUUGCACCAGCCCUGGGUAUAGGAUUAAUAAAUUAACUAUAAAGAAACGUCUAAUGUAAGGAUUUAUUUUCAGACACCAGUUAGAGAGAAUGAGCACAAUUAUCACUGUGUAUAAAUGGGAUUGCCUGUAAAGUGAGCUGUCUGGUUACAAAGAAUGAGGAGGUUUUUAACAAUAUCCCAAAAAAGCAGCCCAUUUGCUCCACCCCAUUCCCAUGCAUCUGCAAGAUGUGCAGUUUCUCCUCUCUGUUUGUUUCACUCUUUCACUAAUGCCAUCCCCCUUUCUUUCACUCCUAAACCUGACACUCGAUAGACCAGUUUGGUAGACACAGAGGCUAGGGAGGGGUAAUUGGGUGUUGGGCACCAGCUGACAUGGGUGGGGGCACAGAGAUGGAGGAGGAGGGAGAGGCUGGUAGCAGAGGACCCGGGGGAGGGGAGUGAAAGGCACAGAGGGGUAACAGGCAGAGGGGAGGGGGUUGAUACAAGGUGGGGAAGGACUGCACGGCUAGGAGCAGCAUGGGCGACCAGGAGAAUUAUUAUGGCAAGCAUGGUAAGUGAGGGAAGGCCCUUUAUUGCCAUGGAUGCGUUUAUAGAACGCUGGGAUAUUCUGCAGAGCUGGGUGCACGGGGUGGGUUUAAAUAACUUAGUGUGAUGGACAGUGACAGUGGGGUAUGAGUGCUUGGAUUGCAGGAUUCUAACCUGAGAAUGCAGAGUGAUUUGCUUGUGGUGUUAGCAGCAAGGGAGUGGUUGUAAACAAUGAUAUUGAUAGGAUAUAAUAGGCGGAUUUUAAAAGCCCAGCACUGUCUCAGCCUGUCCUGAUAAUCUGCAGUCAGGAGGUCUCUGUAUAUUAUAUAUAAACCCAGCACUGUCUGAGCCUGUCCUGAUAAUCUGCAGUCAGGAGGUCUCUGUAUAUUAGAUAUAAACCCAGCACUGUCUGAGCCUGUCCUGAUAAUCUGCAGUCAGGAGGUCUCUGUAUAUUAGAUAUAAACCCAGCACUGUCUGAGCCUGUCCUGAUAAUCUGCAGUCAGGAGGUCUCUGUAUAUUAGAUAUAAACCCAGCACUGUCUGAGCCUGUCCUGAUAAUCUGCAGUCAGGAGGUCUCUGUAUAUUAUAUAUAAACCCAGCAGUGUCUGAGCCUGUCCUGAUAACCUGCAGUCAGGAGGUCUCUGUAUAUUAUAUAUAAACCCAGCGCUGUCUCAGCCUGUCCUGAUAAUCUGCAGUCAGUAGCUCUCUGUAUAUUAUAUAUAAACCCAGCGCUGUCUCAGCCUGUCCUGAUAAUCUGCAGUCAGGAGGUCUCUGUAUAUUAUAUAUGAACCCAGCGCUGUCUCAGCCUGUCCUGAUAAUCUGCAGUCAGGAGGUCUCUGUAUAUUAUAUAUAAACCCAGCGCUGUCUCAGCCUGUCCUGAUAAUCUGCAGUCAGGAGGUCUCUGUAUAUUAUAUAUAAGCCCAGCACUGUCUCAGCCUGUCCUGAUAAUCUGCAGUCAGGAGGUCUCUGUAUAUUAUAUAUAAACCCAGCGCUGUCUGAGCCUGUCCUGAUAAUCUGCAGUCAGGAGGUCUCUGUAUGUUCUAUAUAAACCCAGCACUGCCUGAGCCUGUCCUGAUAAUCUGCAGUCAGGAGGUCUCUGUAUGUUCUAUAUAAACCCAGCACUGCCUGAGCCUGUCCUGAUAAUCUGCAGUCAGGAGGUCUCUGUAUGUUCUAUAUAAACCCAGCACUGCCUGAGCCUGUCCUGAUAAUCUGCAGUCAGGAGGUCUGUUCUAUAUAAACCCAGCACUGCCUGAGCCUGUCCUGAUAAUCUGCAGUCAGGAGGUCUCUGUAUGUUAUAUAUAAACCCAGCACUGUCUGAGCCUGUACUGAUAAUCUGCAGUCAGGAGGUCUCUGUAUAUUAUAUAUAAACCCAGCACUAUCUGAGCCUGUCCUGUUAAUCUGCAGAUACAAGCCCAGCACCUGUACUGAUAGGUCACUGUACGUUCCGUGUAAAUUCCAGAUGUAAAGUGAUAGUGAUUCACUUGGAUUAAGAUCUACUCCAAAGCAGCUGGUCCAGGAAUCAGUGAAGAGGCUUGGUGAUAAGAACUCUAAUUACUCCUACACCAGGAGAUUAUAUAUAUAUAUAUAUAUAUAUAUAUAUAUAUACACAAAUUGGAAUAUUAAUUCAUGGGAGUUCCCAUGAGCCCCCGUAGUGUAAGUGACCAUUUUGGGUGCAACUUUUUAAAAUUAAAAUCGUUGGGGGGGGGAGGAGGGGAUACUUCAAAUCUAGUGGAGUUUAUUUACUAAACUUGGAAUAUUUGGCUCCGUUGCGGAUCUCGAAAAGGAAAUAUUUAAAUUCUAUGAAUUAACAAAAGAAUUACAUAUUUUAAAAUUUGAAAAAUAGCAGAGUGGGAGAAUUCUUCAGUAAACCUCAAAGCUUGUGUUUAUUCACUAAACCCCAAAGUUCUGUGAAUUGAGAAAUGAACUGCAACAUUUAUGAAAAAAUAUAGCCUGGAUUUUGAAUCUAUGUUCAGUUCAGUAUAUUUUCCUUGGUUUUUUUUUAUAUAAGAGCUGUACAGCUGAUUUUGUGAUUCUGUAAAUGAUAUUAAAUACAAAUUGCCAAAUUUUAUUCUGUCUAAAAAAUGUUUCCAUUUUCUGGGAACUUUGUAUACAAGAGAAAUACAUAGGGUUAUUCACUAAGCUCUGAAAAGCUUUUUGGUAAUAUUUUCCUCUGUUUUAUUUUGUUUUAAAUACUUUUCCCCCCAGGUAGUUUCUUGCUGCUUGCUUGCACAUCUGAAUGCAAAUAUCAUGGAUUUCUGGGGGGGGGGAAAUCUUACCUAUAUUCCGCCAAUUUGGACGCAGUUUAUCAGAGUUUGAUAAAUAUUUACAUUUAUCAAAAUCUCUCUCUUUCUGACAUUUGUUCCUCUGAACUAAACAAGCACAUUUUGCGUGAUUUAAAUUAAACUCUGAAUCACUUAGAUUAACUAAGAGGGCUAUUUACUAAGCUCUGACUUUUUGGAAUUAACUAUGAAUGGGAAAACAGAGGCGGUUGAUCUAGAAAAAUGAUGCAGCUUAGCCGUAGUCAGAGCUUUUUCGUUACAUUUUUUUUUUUCAUUGUUUCUUUUUUGACAUUUUGGAUUUAAUUCACAAAGUCAGUAAUAUUGACAUUUUGGCCAAUGAUUCUUUGGUGAAUUCUCAACAAUUUCCAGUUAAGACAAUUUAUUAUGACUUAUUCUCUAAACAGUGGAUUGUAGCAAAUUCAAAAUUGCAAACGUAAACUAAAAUAGAUAAUUUAGGAAAAUUGUCCAUCUUCGCUAAAGUCACCGUGCAGCUGUUUUUGUCACUAAAAUUUGGUUACUCAUAUUUCGACUUGCUACAAUUCAGAGUUUAGUAUAUAAACAUCCCUACAAAGGCACUUCCUUGCUCAUAGAAACCUCUAUACUACUACGGUGUCUAUGGCACCUACUGAUACAGUUAUGUCAGCGAAUGAGGCUGCUGGCUGCUUCUGUUACUUAAUCUCAGUCCCAUGUAAUCACACUGGGUAGCUGAGGUCACCAGUGUAACAGCUGCAUUAUGGAAAUCUUUCAGAUUAGAAGGAUAAAAGUAAGACUUAUGUAUCUGAUCUUUAGUUUGAAAUUUAAAGGCCAUUUCUUUGGAAAGAGAAUUCAUAUUUCCAAUCACGUAUGUUUAUGAUUCAUACACUAAACAACAAACUAGCAAAUUGCAAUCUAUAUUACUGUACGCAAGGCAGGUUACACUUCUCAGCGUAAGAACUACAGGAAAUCUGGAUGGGGGCAUCCUUUCAUAACCAAUUUAAUUCCAGCCCCUUUAGGAGCAUACGUUAAACGAUAAAUGAUAUAUUAUCACUGGAGACUUUUUUAGUUUCAGUUGAUUGGGAUAUAGUCCUCUUUAAGUUACAUACAUAUGUUUUAUUCUUAUUUUAAAUGGAUACUAUUGUGUUAUUAAAACGAACCUGUAUUUCUAAUGCUAUAGCGAUCUUCUAUUUAUUUAGACUCAGGGCCCCUAGAUCCUAAAGAAAACAAAUUGUGGAAAAAGGUUUUAUUUUCCUUUGUGGUUUUUUUCUCGCAGCGCCAAGAACCAAUUUCUCACAGUGGAGAUCUGCAUCCGGCAGGCAGCCACUGAAGGGGUAUUUAACCCUGAAAUGUAAACAGUGCUGUACAUUGCAGGGUUAAACCUAAAAGACCACUGUACCCUGACCACCUCAAUGAGAUAAAGUGCCUUUACUGGUCCUUACAACCGUGAAACAUAUGAUCCAAAUUUCUACACAUGGAUAACUAAGUGGGAAUGUUAAAGGGAAACUAUAGUGCCAGGAUAACAAAAGAUCCCUACAGUGCCCCACUUCUGUCACUUACCAGCGCCGAUGUCCCUACGAGCUAGUUUGGGCUGCCUUCGCUCCCCGUCGUUGAUGUCAGCUGGCAGGGGAGAUCUAAUGGGCAUGCGUGACAAUGGCCACACUCGCAUUAGUAUUUCCCUAUAGGAAAGCGUGUAUAAUGCUUUCAUAUGGGGUUUUACAUGACGCUGGAUGUCCUCAUGCGAAGCGGCAAAAUAUUAAAUCCCACGAUCUCCGCUGGUUCAGAAGGUAAUCCACAGUCAAGCGCUGCAAAGUAAGGCAAUAUCCCAAAUCUCCCAGUAACCAGACGAAACACAGUUCUGAGAGUCAACUGAGGCUUUAUUCACAGGCUCCACAAUUUAUACAAUUCCCCAUGCAAGGUGUUUCCUGAAUCCUAUUCCAGGGGUAUUCCAGGGGUGGACUACGUGGGGAACUUACAGUACAGAGCAUUUCUCCCAUCAGGCACUGCUGCACGAGAGGGAUCCUCCCACUGGAAUGUACCGUUAAGUGGAUUAUCCCUCCGUGCAGCAGAACCAGCAAUUUACAUUAAAAAAUACAACUUUUCGAAUAUUAGGUCUAUUUGCACGAAUGGACGUUCGGUAGAUAGCUGGGGUCUGAGCGCAUCAUUCGUGAGAUUACCGCUCAGAUCCCAGCUAAAACCAUGCACUCGACGACCAAACACCGCUGGAGGAACAAAGGAUCCAAGAUGGCCGACCGCCGCGUGGUCGGAAAUCGACCGACGGCCACCUAGGAGUGCAUCUAAUUACUGAUUGCAACAUUGUUGCAAUCGGUUAACAAGCGCCACACGUCUCUUAAUGUGUGGGCUAUUACAGGGGGGUUUAUUCGGUUCACGAAUGGCCCGCAAAGGUGCCAUUCGUGAAACGAAAUGACAUACAGCUAUCUGCUUUCGGCAGAUAGCCAAUGCAGGCAAUACAACACUAUACAGUCAGCAUACAUUACACCCAGGAACAUACACAUCCCCCCAACCAUACAGGCAACCCUUAAAGCCAUAGUCUCUGUAUAAUGUGCAAGUGGCUAGGUCUGCCACAAGGACGUCCAUCAUAGGGCAACCAAAAAUCGCCUAACGAUCUGCAAAUUCCUCUGGUAGACAGCCACUAGAGGUGGAGUUAACCCUGAAAUGUAAUGAUUGCAGUUUCUUUAAAGCUGCAAUAAUUACCUUUGCAGGCUUAAGGGACCUGGGAAUAUGUACCCAAACAACUUAAUUGAGCUGAAGUGGUUUGGGUGCCUAUAGUGUCCCUUUGAAGCGCUCAGCCCUCCCCACUAAAUUUUCUGUGGGGUAUUUGUUCCCCCAAGUUCAUUAUUCCCACAGAAAGAGCUAUAUUUGAUUUGUAAAAAAUUGCCAAUUUGCUCUACUGUUGAUACAAUUAACUAUUUAGUGAAUAGACCCCUAGAAGGGUACACUGCUUAAAUCAAUAGUAACAAUGAAAAGUAUAAUGAUUUUGUUUACCUGCAAGGUUCCUUAUUUAUUGGUUAUCUUCUCUUUCUCUCCCUACCCUCCAACCCCCCCCCCUUUUAUUUAUAUAUAUAUAUAUAUAUACAUACAUACAUACAUACAUACAUACAUACAUAUACACACACACAAUACAAAAGUUCCUUGCACUCACGCUUGAUGUAGUCCAGUGUGCCUUAUUAGGCUUGCCGGGUGCCAGUCUUUUAGGGAUAUUAGAUGUAGUAAAUGAAGAAAAGCAGGCUGCACUCACGGGCUUAAGAAUUCAAAACGUGGUAUUUAUUCCAUCAAAAAUAGAGAAUAUUUUUUGAUGGAAUAAAUACCACAUUUUGAAUUCUUAAGCCCGUGAGUGCAGCCUGCUUUUCUUCAUUUAAAAAAAUAAAUAUAUAUAUAUCUCUAUCUCUCUCUCUCAAAAUCGUGUAAUGUAUCAAUGAAAAAAAGAACACUACAGACAUGAAAUCACCCAUAAGUCUACAGGGAGUGCAGAAUUAUUAGGCAAGUUGUAUUUUUGAGGAUUAAUUUUAUUAUUGAACAACAACCAUGUUCUCAAUGAACCCAAAAAACUCAUUAAUAUCAAAGCUGAAUAUUUUUGGAAGUAGUUUUUAGUUUGUUUUUGGUUUUAGCUAUGUUAGGGGGAUAUCUGUGUGUGCAGGUGACUAUUACUGUGCAUAAUUAUUAGGCAACUUAACAAAAAACAAAUAUAUACCCAUUUCAAUUAUUUAUUAUUACCAGUGAAACCAAUAUAACAUCUCAACAUUCACAAAUAUACAUUUCUGACAUUCAAAACAAAACAAAAACAAAUCAGUGACCAAUAUAGCCACCUUUCUUUGCAAGGACACUCAAAAGCCUGCCAUCCAUGGAUUCUGUCAGUGUUUUGAUCUGUUCACCAUCAACAUUGCGUGCAGCAGCAACCACAACCUCCCAGACACUGUUCAGAGAGGUGUACUGUUUUCCCUCCUUGUAAAUCUCACAUUUGAUGAUGGACCACAGGUUCUCAAUGGGGUUCAGAUCAGGUGAACAAGGAGGCCAUGUCAUUAGAUUUUCUUCUUUUAUACCCUUUCUUGCCAGCCACGCUGUGGAGUACUUGGACGCGUGUGAUGGAGCAUUGUCCUGCAUGAAAAUCAUGUUUUUCUUGAAGGAUGCAGACUUCUUCCUGUACCACUGCUUGAAGAAGGUGUCUUCCAGGAACUGGCAGUAGGACUGGGAGUUGAGCUUGACUCCAUCCUCAACCCGAAAAGGCCCCACAAGCUCAUCUUUGAUGAUACCAGCCCAAACCAGUACUCCACCUCCACCUUGCUGGCGUCUGAGUCGGACUGGAGCUCUCUGCCCUUUACCAAUCCAGCCACAGGCCCAUCCAUCUGGCCCAUCAAGACUCACUCUCAUUUCAUCAGUCCAUAAAACCUUAGAAAAAUCAGUCUUGAGAUAUUUCUUGGCCCAGUCUUGCGUUUCAGCUUGUGUGUCUUGUUCAGUGGUGGUCGUCUUUCAGCCUUUCUUACCUUGGCCAUGUCUCUGAGUAUUGCACACCUUGUGCUUUUGGGCACUCCAGUGAUGUUGCAGCUCUGAAAUAUGGCCAAACUGGUGGCAAGUGGCAUCGUGGCAGCUGCACGCUUGACUUUUCUCAGUUCAUGGGCAGUUAUUUUGCGCCUUGGUUUUUCCACACGCUUCUUGCGACCCUGUUGACUAUUUUGAAUGAAACGCUUGAUUGUUCGAUGAUCACGCUUCAGAAGCUUUGCAAUUUUAAGAGUGCUGCAUCCCUCUGCAAGAUAUCUCACUAUUUUUGACUUUUCUGAGCCUGUCAAGUCUUUCUUUUGACCCAUUUUGCCAAAGGAAAGGAAGUUGCCUAAUAAUUAUGCACACCUGAUAUAGGGUGUUGAUGUCAUUAGACCACACCCUUCUCAUUACAGAGAUGCACAUCACCUAAUAUGCUUAAUUGGUAGUAGGCUUUCGAGCCUAUACAGCUUGGAGUAAGACAACAUGCAUAAAGAGGAUGAUGUGGUCAAAAUACUCAUUUGCCUAAUAAUUCUGCACUCCCUGUAAAGAGAGGGCAAGGAUAAUUAUUGUGGAGGAGUAGGCAGCUGUAUGUAAGAUGCACAAUAUAAAGACAUACCUGCAUACUGCAUUUUGGCAGUAUGGAAACACUGCUGGAAUAAUUUGAAUAAUUAAUUAGAUUUUUUUUUUUAAAUGGUUAGUGUAGAUUUUCAUUAUGUUAAAAUAGUUGUAUCAUGAAAAUGGCUGUAGAUGAAUAAAUUGUACUUGGGCAGCAUUAAUCUAAUGCAUGCACACAAAUCCUUUACUAUGCAGGUCAUGUUACCAGCGCUAAGUCACGCUGCGGUGAUUAGUUGAAUAAUCAAUGCCAUGAUGUCAAGAACAUGACUCCUCCAUUACUGAAAUAUGUAUGUACAUCUCAAAGCCUUUUCCCAUUGGAGCUGCUGGAGAGUUCUUCCAUGGCAAAGUUUGAACGUCUUCAAAUCCUAAUCCAUUGGAUUCAAUGCCUCCCUUUUGAGAAGCAUUUGAUUGGAUAAGUUGCGGCACUUGCUGCGCAUGCUCGUCUCUUCCUUUUGUUUUUCCCCAAAAUUUUAUUGGAGCUCCUGAUUUUAAAUAUGUAGGAAAAUGGGAAUACUUGUUUGUAUUCCUAAGGCUGCAGAAUUCCUGUUAGAAAUACAAGCUGAAAAAAUUAUCUACUUCAGCUAUUUCUCCAACUUGACCAUUCUGGCCCACAAUGCAAUUCUCUUCUCAAGUGAUGAUUUAGUAUAUAAACCUCCAAGGAAUGUGAACCGGCAGUGCAACAGAAUUAUAAAUAUACAUGCUAUAAGGUGUGUAAAUUUUUAUAUGUGGCAGGCUUAUGCAAUGUAUGAUCAUAUAAUGUAACUAAACCCCCAUUAUUUUUGCCUAGAUUAGGUGUUUUUAAAAAAACUAAUAAAAUCUUUCAACAUUGAAGUUGCUGUUUAGUGGAUAGGUGAGUGCGCUGGAUCUUGUGUUUUGUAUUAUUUGGCCCCCAGCAGCACCCCCAUUUAUGCAUGUUCAGGUGAGUGCAGCCAACCCCCCCUUGUUUCAUAUAUGUGUAUAUAUAUAUAUAUAUAUAUAUAUAUAUAUAUAUAUAUAUAUAUAUAUAUAUAUAUAUAUAUAUAUAUAUAUAUAUAUAUAUAUAUAUAUAAGCAUUUUUUAAGUUUUUGACCUAUGAAUUGCAAGUGGCAUUCCAGGAUUCCAUUGUUUAGGAAAAGAGUUAACCAAAAAAAAUAAAAAUCUUUUUACAAAUAAGAAUUUAAACAAUAAUUGUCAGAAACUGUGAGAUGUGCAAGAGGACACAUUGAGGUCUAUGGAGGAUCAUAGGUUCCUCCAUAGAAAGAGCUUAAUAUCCUUACAGCUAUCACUAGUAACAAAAGGUUUGAUGGCGGUAAUUCUGAGACAAAGUGGUGAUAUUCCAACACAGUCAAUGUGAAGAAUUCACAAAGAUUCUAUUUUUUUUUUUUAAUGAAAUAUUCAUUUUGGAUUGGGAGGGUUGACAAAAGUAGUGCCAGGAAAACAGAGCUGUUUUCCCUGCACUAUAGGUUUUUAUGGAGCCCCCCUCACUCACGUCCCCCCUCCCAUGGGAUUGAAGGGGUUAAAACCUGAAACCAGCGCCGAUGUCCCUCAGCCCUGGGUCAGGCCCUGCCCACACUCCUCCCACGUAAUGCGCAUGCUUUCCUAUGGGUAAAAUCUGACCCUGGAGGUCCUCAUGCUGAGCGCGAGGAUGUCUAGCAUCAGAUACUGGACAAGAGGUCUGUUUGGAUUCCGGGAGCCGUCUGGUGGCUGUUUGGUAGACAGCCCCUAAGGGCAGACUUAGAGCUACAAUGUAAACAUUGCAGUUUCUCUGGAACUAAAAUGUUUGACAUUGCAGCACUACGUGCACUAGGGACACUGCACCCAGACCACUUCAAUUAGCCGAAGUGGUCUGGGUGCCUACAGUGUCCCUUUAACCCCUUAAGGACACAUGGCAUGUGUGACAUGUCAUGAUUCCCUUUUAUUCCAGAAGUUUGGUCCUUAAGGGGUUAAACAGACUUCGAGAUGGUUCUGAAUGAAGCUCACUUGCUACAUAUCUGCAUAUAUAUUCAUAUAUAUAACGCUGCAGUCUUCACCAACUAGCUAGAGCUGAUCUAAAAGGUCUCAGAAGUCUCUGUAUAUUAUAUCAAUGUCUGAGCCUGUCCUGAUUAUCUGCAGUAGGGAGGUCUCUGUAUAUUAAAUGAAUAUAUAUUAUAUGAAUCCAGCACUAUCUCAGCCUGUCCUGAUCAUCUGCAGUCAGGAAGUCUCUGUAUAAUAGAUAUAAACCCAGCACUCUCUGAGCCUGUCCUGAUAAUCUGCAGACUGCCCAUGUAUAUUAGAUAGCUCUGUGUCUCUCUGACGCUGUCAUUGUGUGUAAAUAACAGGCUCUGUGUGUAUGUACACAAGGCGUGGAGGGUUUGUAUUGCAGUCUAAUUAAUCAUGAGCGUAUAUAGGCCACACAAAUAGCCACUUUCCAUUUCAAGGAGCUUAAAGGAUCACUGUAGUGUCAGGAAAACACUAUAUCAUCCUUAGGGUCCCCCCACCCUCAGGGCCCCCAUCCCUUUGCCCUGAAGGGGUUAAAACCCCUUCAGCUACUUACUUUAAUCCCCGCUGACGUCAACUCUCAAGUGGAGCAUAAUGCGCAUGCGCAGCAAGAGCCGUGUGCGCAUUCAAACAGUCCAUAGGAAAGCAUUUCUCAAUGCUUUCCUAUGGACGUUCUGCACGCUGGAUGUGAUUUUCGCAUCCAGCGUAACAGAAACGCCUCUAGCUGCUGUCAGGAAGACAGCCACUAGAGGCUGAAUUAACCCUGCAAUGUUUUUAUAUCUGAAGGGUUAAAACCUGGGGGACCUGGCACCCAGACCGCUACAUUGAGCUGAAGUGGUCUGGGUGACUAUAGUGUCCCUUUAACUUUGUCUACACAAAUUUAGUUUUCUAUAUAAUUUCCAAAACUAACCAGUGGCAACUUCGUAAGAACGUUUCAGCUGCUGGCAAGACAGGGUUAAAACAUGUUACAAAUUUUACAAAGGUUUGGUUUCUAAAGUCCAGAGAUACAAAAUUUAACUUCUUCAUAAAUGGAGCUCAAGGUUGUUGAAGUUUGGCCACAGUAUUGACGAAUUUGGUGGGCAGUUGAUUGAGGCUCUGGGCGAUGUACUGUAUUAAUGCUCAGGCUGAGGAAAUAGUCUGUAAAGACAAGAUUCAUCAAGACCAUAUCAAGUUAUAGCAGAGCCUUAUUCUGUGUCAACACAUGUUUUGUGAGAAAGCUUAGUUUUUAUGAUGACAGAGGGAUUUUUUUUUUAAAUCCUUAUCUACAAGGCUGCUAACACAACAAUGUUAUAAAGUCACUCUUGUGAUGAUACUGUAUCAAUGGCCUCCUGCAUUAGUGCAGAUUUUUAUAGUCUGACUGUUGAGGGAGGAAUUCCAGGUAAAGGGUAAGAGAUGAAGUGGCUUUUUUUAAGGCACACACCAAGCAUGUACACGAGUAAUGCAUAUGAGUAGUAAUGGAUUCCCUGAAACUCCUUGUGAGUCUAUAACGCACACUCCUGUGCCAGGAUUUGAGGAUAAACAAAGCACUGCUGGCAUGGCUCCGGCUGUUCAGAGUGUUGCCACAGGCUUCCACAGAUACGGAACGCCAGAUCUUCGGAAGAUCUUCCACCAGGGGAAGAUAUCCAAAGGCUGGGGGCCUGGUGGGAAUAACCAUGUGUGAACCACCUAAUUCAUCUCCAAACUACCAAAUCCCUGUCCAGACAACCACCAAACCCCUCCUACUGCUUCAAGAGCAGUAGGGGGGUGCACUUCUUUGUUAAAUGUAAUGUACCUCCUUUAAAUCUAAUAUUAUUAUUAUUAUUAUUAUUAUUAUUAUUACUUUAAAAGUCAUUCAUUGAUAAUCGGAGGCGCAGUAUUCUUUCAAACGUUUUAGGUUUUGACAAACCACUUACUAUUUAGUCCAAACAAAUAAAUUAGGAAGAGGAGCGAGUGCCUACCUGUGUUCUGUUUUUCGUUGAUUACAGUCCUACAUUAAAGGACCACUAUAGUGCCCUGAGGGUGCCCCCACCCUCAGGGUCCCUAUCCUGCCGGACUGGAUGGAGAGGAAGGGGUUAAACCUACCUCUUUCUCCAGCGCCGGGUGGGGAGCUCUCCUCCUCCUCUCCUCCCUCUUCUCCUCCUCUUCGGCUGAAUGCGCAUGAUUUUCACAGUGAGAAGCACGCAAGCGCCUCUAGCGGCUGUCAAGAGACAGCCACUGGAGGCUGGAUUAAUCCAUUUAUAAACAUAGCAGUUUCUCUGAAACUGCUAUGUUUAUGUAAAAAAAAGGGUUAAUCCUAGCUGGACCUGGCACCCAGACCACUUCAUUAAGCUGAGGUGGUCUGGGUGCCUAUAGUGGUCCUUUAAAGGUGAACAUGACCGUAUCUUAUUCGCUUUUCAUUUUCUUCAGUAAUAUCUGUAAAGAGUAAUGAAUAUUAUAGUAAUUAAUAAUAUAGUAUUAGAUUAAGAUGCUUAUAUGGUAAAUAUUUUUCUGCUAAAGAGCCAGGAAUAAAAAUCAAUUUGUGUAAUUUUCAUGGUAAAAUCUACGCACUGGGGGGGCGGGGCCUGACCGCCAAACCGAGCGGACGCACUACACAUCAGCUCCGGACCAAAAUUCACAUUAAUGCCCAAACUCACUGCUCGGUAGCCCUUUCAGGCUGAUGACCUACGACCGGAGGCUCCUGGGCAUCUCUAGAAACAAUUAGGGAUCCGGAGGGCCUUGGGCCUUGCGGGGGAGGCAGCCGAUCCUCCGGCCGGGCAUACCAGGAGUGCGACAAGGGCCCUGUUCCCCCCUCCCCCCCCCCCUGUGGUCUGGUGGAGGUUAUCCAGGACCCCACCAAGAUACCACUCACCUUGGUAAAGCUGCAAACGAGAACCAUGGCUACACAGCCUGCAGAGACUCGAAUCAGCCGGAGCUCAUCCAACAUGGCCGCCAAGCUAAGGCCAGAGAGAGGGAGCAUGGGCAGCCAUUCACACUCUUAUUCCCUACAGGCCCUUGACCGGCUCUACUCGAGCCUAUGCGUGAUACUAUGUGACGGCGGAAUGCCAUACCGUCAAGCAACCUGUGUGGUGGCCUCGUGGAUUCGUCCUGCGACCCGCCGGCACCAUUAUGGAUUCCCACUGCAGACCUUCAAAGCGGCCAUCCAGCCACGCAAGCAUCGAUGACCACAAUGGCAGGAAAGGGACCCAAGCGACCCGGGCGCACGCGCCCGCUCCCACACACACAGGUUUGAGACCGCCGGGCAACCCCAAAGUCCAAGCAACAUACCCAAGUACAGAACCUCAGGCCAGCAUGUAACCACUCUGCACUCCAGGGCUAAAGCGGAGCAUCACGCUGCAGCACUGGCGAAAACUAAGCAGAAUCCAGCUGGAGCUGGGCCCAGACCAAGGGACUCCAUGCAGACCACUGAGACUACUUACCCACAAUGGCCAACCCCGAGGGGGCACCUACCAUGCCGCACAAGUGCACAUAGCACCCAAGAGACCCACACUCAGCACCAACAGCCCAGCAGGGCAGACAUCGGCCCAGACACCUCUCCCGGGCCCCGGAGUGGAUUCCUGAGCAACAGCACUGACUCUCUGGGCACCGGGCUAUACUGCCUCACAGACUCCUCUCUCUCUCUAUAAAACCGCAUAUGCUGUUGGCGAACUAUGAGUUGGAAGCGUAAGCUCAAGUGAAGUCCUACUCACACCCUGAUCUGCCAGGCAAAACAAAUAGUUUAACAUUAAUUUAACACUGUUUUUCUUUUACCUUAACAUGCUACAUAGGCAAGUAACUUACAACACUAGCCUGCUUCACAUAAGUUAGCGACACUUUACUAUACUUUAAUCACCAUGCCUAGCUAGCCUCCCUGAGUUAAUAUAAAUGUAUAUUCCAGCUUGGACAUGUGGAACUAGCCUGCUCCCACUCGAGAUUUAACUUAAUUUUACUCCACUGUCGUCUAGCUUAGCGCACUUAUAACUACAUUUACUGCAUAACGAUGUGUAGCCAGAAUCUAGGAAGGGAGUGUUUAACCCUGUCUACCCCAGUUACAUACUGCCUCGCCCUAGCCUGAUUGGUACCCCCAUUAUCAACGAAGUUAUUUUAUGUUAUGGAAGAGACUAAGUAAUGAUAAUACACACUUUUUAUUACUCGACUUAAUCAUCUAUAUGUAUAAAAAUGUGCUAGCCUUAACAAGUACCUCUAUGCCUUACUGUUUGAAAUGCGCUAGAGGAUUGCCUUUGGGGUACCUCACAAGCGACUGUUACACACUUACGCGCUACAAAAAUAAAGAAUAAAAUUUUUUUUUAAAAAUUUACGCACUGACCAUUGAUCUUGGUAUAGUUUGUAGUCAAGGCUUUAUAAACGUGCAGGGUCAGCACACACGGAACAUGAAACUGCCACAUUUAAGUAACUAUAGAGUUAACUUGGGUUUUGGCAAAUAAGCCAAUUCUGAAUCACAGAAUUCAGCAGUAGUGCAACUGACCCGCCUAAAGAUUCUGUUCCAUCUCCCAUGUGCUGGCUGGCUGUAUGACCUUGGCACUGCUGCUGUUUAUUAAUGAAAAAUAAUAAAAAAUGUUGUUAUACUCAGCCACUCAGCUGAUGGAUUACAGGUUAAACUAAUAAUGAACUUGUAUGGCGAGAAUUUUGCGCCGUAAAAUGAUUAUAAUUGCUGGUAUGUCCUGCAAGUGGCAUAGCGAUGGCAUAAUCUGGGCAUUUUUACACUUUGGCUUUCCACUUAUGAGCGACACCCAAUUUGAGGCUUCCUGUUUCAAGCCUCAGACUCAAAUGUAUGUUAAGGGGGGCAGAGCUGAACUGUGCCGGCGACUUUUGGGUUAAUCCGUUUGUUACCACUUUAAACCCUGAAGAUAAGGUGUCGCCAGGGCUGGUUUAAGAGCCCAUUGGGCCUGGUGCUGCGAAUUAUGAUUUUUAUCAACAGAAAACACUAAACCAGUUAUAUCUCCCGAGCGUCAUGAAUCUGGUGCUGGAGGGAAGCACACAGGAUAUAGCUAUCAGAAAACGCAUACCCUAUGCUAAUCUCUCGCUUUCAUCUUUCAAAUAAAUCCAUACCCCCUAACAGCAGUGUCCGGUGAAGCAGGAUUACGGUGGGCGGGGUAAAAGGGUGGGCCACCUAUGUGAAUCACGUUACCAGGACCGCCCAAAGGGACAAACAUAACCAAAGAGGGGGCAUGUCUGCACGAAGAAUUUGAUGGACAGUCUGGCGUGAAUGCAUGUCACACUGCCUGCCAAUCAUGCAGGAUGUCCAACCAAGGGCAUACUGCGCAGACAGCACCAUGAGCUUGGCAUAAAUGCUUCUAAUGAUGCAUUAUCUCUACGCUUUCUAAAGAGUGUCCCCUAGCACUUGCUGGUUCACUCCUCUCCUAAUCUUCUUACUAACAGGCAGCAGCUCCUGUGAUACAGUCUGGGACAGAUAGAAAGUGUAUGUAGUGAGUGUAGAAAUAAAGGAACAUGCCGCAAUGUUAGAGAGACUGAAGCAGCAAGGGUAUUUGCAUAGUGUGCAAAGUCAGCUUUACAUUAACUAAUUUCGUUGUCAGCCAGUCCACACGUUUGGUUCCUCUACAUCCCUCUUAAGUUUCCAUACUUAGGCAAGAGCAUGUGAAGAGUAGUAAAAAAAAUUCUUAAUUUUUAUUUUAUUUUUUAUCAAUGGGCCUAUUCCAUGGGCAUGGGCCGGGAGCUGCAACUCCAUCAGCCACUAUGUUAAUCGGGCCCUGGAUGGCACCAGGGACCUGUUGGAACCAUAACAGCUAAAUUCCAAUGAAGUUAUAUUACCCAACAUGUUUCUUUAAGUUGUUAUUUAACAACGUCAUGAAAGCAUAAACACCGUGCCAUAUCCAUUGAUAUAUUAGAGCAGCGUCCCCUGGGCAAUAAUUCUGCCUUUUUGUAGAAGGGGUAGGGUACACCUGCCAUUUCAAAAGCCUUAUUGUGAUUCUCCAACUCUCUAAACAUGAGCUAGCCAUAAGUUUAACACUAACAGUGUUAUUUUUGAUGGUGCCGCUCCUUGUGUGUGUUUGCUAUUUCAAUCUUGUUGACAUAACGCUCAGAAUUUCAAUAAGUAUUGUCAGAAUUUUUACAUUCCAUGCAUUAAUAGCAAUUUUGUGUGUGUAUGGCUGUCUUGUAGUUCAUGAAGGGUUCAGUAUAACUGUGUGGUUAGGAUAGCCUAACGUCUAUGAGGGCAAUUUUCAUGGUCGUUCUAGUUUGGCAAUGUGAGGAAGAAGGAUACUGGUUACAUUUUGGACAGAUUCACAUCUCUAGGGCCUGUAGGCACCGACGGCUCAGGCUCUCCUACCUCUCCACCAAAAAAACAGUUCUCUGUUUUGGACGGCUCUAUGGUUUGGAAGAGGCAAAAGAAAGUCUUGUGGCAAAAUAAAAAAUCCAUGAAAUUAUGAAAGGAAAAAACAUACAUUUUGUUCUUAGUGGAGGCACCUCAAAUUCACAGGCACCUAUAGGCAGCUGCCUACUCGGCCUAUGAGCAAUCACUGUAUAUGUGCUUGUUACACUGUAUAUGUGCUUGUUACAGGAGAAUGGUGUAACUGUGUGAUGGAGAUUCUAAUGCUGUUGCUAACCUAAAAGAAGGGGAGGCUGGUUUUCAUUUUGGCUACACUAUAUCUCUUCCUGGAUACAGUUAUGGUGUAACUGAGAAGAAAGUGAGGCUGAUUCUGGUGUCGUAGAACUACAAAUCCCAUGAUGCUUUGCAUGCCUUUAGAAUAACAAAGCACCAUGGAAGCUGUAGAUUUAAAACAUCUGGGUUCUAAAUACUGGGCACCUGUGCUCUAAACAAAAACAGUUCCUUUUGGGGGGGAUUUAUCACUAUUUUUGGUUGAAGUCACUCUUUAUUCUCUAUAUUUGCCAUGUUGUAAUUGAGAAGCUGAUUGUGCUGUUGGUUACACAGUGUACAUGCUAUAGCUAUGUUAGGUUGGGUAUGGUCCUCUAACCGACUGUCUAUUUCUCUUUUCAGGUGAACCCCGGAAGUAUGAUCCAAACUUCAAAGGUCCGAUCCAUAACAGGUAAUAAUGAGAUUGGUGGCAAAGGAGGCUAUAAUUUAUUCCAGCAAUGCUGCUAAUAUAAUGUAUUAAACCUUUUACAGUAAUUCAAUAACAUAAAAACAUGAUGAAAAUACUGCUAUGGGUGGACAUUUAAUUCUGUUUAAAACCACAUUCCACUGCUAAGAGAAAUGUAGGAUGAUGUGUGAGAUAGAAUGCUUGUCUUUGCUCAUCUGCCUUUAGAGUUGGAAAUUCUGGGACAAUUGUUGAAACAAAUUUUUUUUUCUCUCUCUGAAUUACUGUUACUAAAGUAGAAUUGUCUCAAAACUCGAGAUAUGUUGAUAAACAACAGUAAAUUCUGAAUUUGUAUAAAUUGGUCAUUACAUCAGAUUGUUGACAUACAAAAGCUGACAAAGGACGUGACAAGACUAAAGCGCCACCAUUUGUCAACCUGGAGGCCCCAAAUAAUGAAAUGUAGUCCCAAAUAUUCCUUAUGUAUAUCUCAAAAAUAUUGCCGGGGAGCAUGCCAAUACAACAAAAAAAUAAGUGACACACGAUAAGGACAAGAUUGUGGUCCUUAAGUGUAGUGUGUGUUUUUAUUAUUUGGUCGUUCCCCCAUCCCCUUUUUCUUCCCUUUUAGCAAAACUAUAGACAUUCAAAAACCACAGCAUUAAUAUGAGGGUAAAACGUACCAAUUAUAUUUAAUUUGUGAUAAUUCUCAGUGUUUCUUCAUCGGAUUAUGAAUAAAGUCCUUUAGUGGGUUAACUGCUUUUGAUUAUUGCCAUAUUUUUUUUUUAAUUUUAUUUUUAUACUUUUUUUUUUCUUUUUUUUUUUCUAAAUUGUGAUGACUAAUGCAUGACAUGUGGCGUUUUGGUUUUUCCCCUGUUUAAAAUUACGUUUAUUUUCCAUAAUAGACAAUGGAUGCCAUUGUUGUGACACAUCUUAUUCAUUAUUUGGGAAUAGUCUCUGCAAUAGAUCUUUUAAGCUGGAUGACAUUUGAUUCUUUGAUACUUGUCUUUUCUUAGCUGUGCAUUCUACGUAGGUUUUUUUAUUCUAAUAAACUGAACAAAGCCUUUUCAGCUACUGAUUGGUGCUUAAUAAACAGUAAAACAGAGUAUCCCUUAAAACAUUUUGCUGUAUCACUAUUUCAUAACAGUGUGUCUCUAAAUAGACAAAUGGCGUAUCGAUGUGCAGUACUAUGCUCCCGUUCCAAUGUGAAUCAUAGGGUUUCAUUCACUAAAAGUGGACAUGUUUGGCAAAUAAAUUGGCAGCAUGUUAAAAAGACAGACUGGAAAAAUUUUCAACGUGGCCAUUUUGGUCUGAAAUUUUACAAUUGUCUACGUUUCCCAGUGUAGUAAAUAAGCCCCACUAUGCCCAAAGCUAAUUAACCCAUGUAAAAGCCACCCAGUAAUGGAAGCUGUAACUGGAAUACUACCAGGUCCGAACCACGCUGUUAGAACAAGGGUGUCUAGCCUUGGCCCUCCAGUGAUUGUAAGACAACUUUUCCCAUAAGAUCAAGAAUAUUUUUUUUUUUUUUACAUUGUGUUUUGUUUCUUUUUGUCUUUUCUUUUUAACCCAUGUUAAAGGACCACUAUAGUGCCAGGAAAACAUACUCAUUUUCCUGGCACUAUAGUGCCCUGAGGGUGCUCCCACCCUCAGGGACCCACUCCUGUCGGGCUCUGGGGAGAGGAAGGGGUUAAAAUCUUACCUUUCUCCAGCGCUGGGCGGGGAGCUCUCCUCCUCUUCUUGUGAAUGCGCAUGCGCGGCAGGAGCUGCGCGCACAUUCAGCCAGUCUCAUAGGAAGGCAUUCACAAUGCUUUCCUAUGGACGCUGGCGUCUUCUCACUGUGAUUUUCACAAUGAGAAGCACGCAAACGCCUCUAGCGGCUGUCAAUGAGACAGCCACUAGAGGAUUUAGAGGCUGGAUUAACCUAUUUAUAAACAUAGCAGUUUCUCUGAAACUGCUAUGUUUAUAAGAAAAAUGGGUUAACCAUAGCUGGACCAGGCACCCAGACCACUUCAUUAAGCUGAAGUGGUCUGGGUGCCUAGAGUGGUCCUUUAAGCAAGGUCAUCAGACACUCUUUUUUACGCUAUCUAGAGAUUAAAAGACACUCUAAGCAACAAUUUAAGCACAUAUUUGUGAAUUGGGCUGUGUUAAAAGUAAUGACCGCUGCAGUAUGAAUUUAAAGCCAUCUCAAUCUUUCUAUGUGACGAUUGGAAUUGUAGCUAGGGAAUAAGCCUCUCAUCCAAUAAACAACUGCUGGAGAGAAGUUUAUUAUGACAGUGGUUCCCAAGGCAAACUUCAAAACGUGAAGAAUCUCCGAGACACACCAACUUAUUCUUAUAACUUUUAUCAGUAACUCCUGAAUCUCACAUUUACUGGAGAGAGAUGCUCCUCGUCAAACUUAUUUAUUGGGUUUUAAUUAUCAGCCAGAUACACAGGAAGCUCAUUUUUUAAUGCUGACCCUUUAUAAAGACAAGCUUUUUUUUUUUUAAGGACUGCACUCCUAUUACAACCUAUGACAGUCUUAAAUGUAGUUGCAUUUGUGGCACACUGGUUGACUUCAGAGAUCAGAAUGAGAGGCUCCUGAUUGUUGGUGCCACUUCCUGGUUUUGGUUGAGCAUACUUUGCAUGAUGAAGAUGGAUAUCAAAUGACUUUCAUAAUUUGUCCAUUUAAAGUCCUUGUCGCAUACACACACCACCAUAAAUAUUUUAUAAUAAUCACAGGUCCCUUUAAAAAAAACAAAAAAAAAAACCCUUUGUUUGACCCUGGCUUGGAAUAAUGAAUCAAAAAUUCUUGCAUUGUACGUGACAAUAUGUAUCUCUCUUUUUGGGCUGCUUAUCAGAUAAGAUGGUAUCUCUGUUCUCACAAUGCUGUCAGAUAGUUCUAAAAACACCAUGUGGACAGUUUAAAUUUUAAAAUGCUGCAAUCCGCUCUGUAAUCUUUAGUGCUCACUCACAGGAAAUGACAGAAUGCUCGUAACUCCCUUCAUUACCAAAAACGUGUAUAAUUGUAUAUAUUGAUUUUCAGUUGGAUCACCUCUCUCUAUUAGGUCUCUGCAAAUAGGCCAAAAAUGCCCCUGACAUGACAUUACAACCAUAUAAAAAGGCAUCCUUGGCAUUUCAUUCAGAUUAACCAAUUUUCCAUAAUUCUGUGGUGCAGUAAGCUUUCCUCAGUUGUGUUGAUUUGAUGGGGGUGUGGGGUAGUGGGGGAGUAGUUAGGUGGAUAAGCUACAUACCCAUUAAGAUUAACAGCAAAUCAAAGUGAAUUCAUGACCGUAGGAGUGUGCCUGGGUGGUAUCCUUGCACAUUGGCUUCACCAUAACCAUUGGGAUGCUCUAAUUAAAAUUAUCAGAAAGGCAUGCAUGCUAUUACAGGAACUGAAAUUUCAGAUUUUUCUGAUUUGGAAAGAAUCUGAAUUUUUAUUAAAUGACAGAAGGUCUAUAUUUCACUUUAAAAUUAAAACAAAAACAAAAAAACGGGAAGGUUUUCUUCUGCUCGGGUGGCUCCACAAGGCUAACGGAAGUAGCUGGAGCGCUAGGCUGGAGCAUGCCUGCUCUCUUUCCCUUCUCAAUGAGCUGUAUGUCAGGGUCUUACCUGAGAUGGGAGUCUUUAGUGCAGAUAGACACAGUCCAAGGUGACCAGGUAAGAAGCCACCUGGACUGUAAAUCUGUGCACUGGGGCUGUGAAAGGAUUCCAAUGCAGUACCAACAAGGAUAAUAUGAGGUCAAUAUGGAGUUGAAGAUCAAGAGACUGGAACAUAGGAACAGAACGUUAUUUACACACAGGAGGCAGGAUCUGGAAGGCUAUUAAAGGACCACUAUAGUGCCAGGAAAACAUACUCAUUUUCCUGGCACUGUAGGGUCUCUAGGUCCCCCCCUCCUGCCGGGCUCUGGGGUGAGGAAGGGGUUAAACACUUACCUUUUCUCCACCCCCAGGCUCCCUCAGUGGUGGGGACUCUCUCAGCCAGUCCAUAGGAAAGCAUUCUCAAUGCUUUCCUAUGGACACUGGCGUCUUCUCACUGUGAGAAUCACAGUGAGGAGCGCGGAAGCGCCUCUAGCGGCUGUCAAUGAGCCAGUAGAGGCUGGAUUAACCCAUAGGUAAACAUAGCAGUUUCUCUGAAACUGCUAUGUUCACAGCAGAAAGGGUUAAUCCUAGAUGGACCUGGCACCCAGACCACUUCAUUAAGUUGCCUAUAGUGGUCCUUUAACAGAGUAGGAGAUACGAAAUUAAUCAAGUGUGUACAGAGACUGUGUAAGUCACGUGUAGGGAGGUGUGACAAGGGCUGCAUAAACAAAGUAACAUUUGAAUACUGGGAAGAAAAAUUAUAUUUUAAUUAACCCCUUAAGGACCAAACUUCUGGAAUAAAAGGGAAUCAUGACAUCUCACACAUGUCAUGUGUCCUUAACGGGUUAAACAAAUUAUUUUUAUUUUUUAUUUAUUUUUUGGUCUGGCUUUAGGCCCAGUAUUGCAAAAAUUACAAAACAAAAUGGCCAUGUGCGGCUUCAGUAUCCCAUGAUACCUAUGCUCCAUAUAGAUGGAGGUUGUUUUGGAAGUAGUUUUUUUUUCAGAUGAGGCAGGAUGCAAACUUCCAUUUGGCAUGUCUUUAAACUGGCAGAGACUGCAAGUCAUCAUCUGUUCCUGCAGAUAAACCAGAGUGUAAAUCCUUGCGAUAAAAUGGUCUUAAAAUGUUUCUUUUUUUUUUCAUUUUACAGAAGCUGCACGGAUAUCCUGUGCUGUAUACUUAUUGUACUUGGCAUCAUUGCAUACGUGGCUGUAGGAAUUGUGGGUGAGUACACCCUGAAGCGUGUCAACAACAGGCCUGCAAAGAAACUGGUUACAUUUCUGAACUUAAUAUAUUUGCAUGUUUCGUACUCCACACUAAAACUGUAAAACCACUUCCUAUAUAUAUAUAUAUAUAUAUAUAUAUAUAUAUAUAUAUAUAUAUAUAUAUAUAUAGUAAUAAAGCAUUAGUUAUUUAUUAAGGGUGUUGGGUGUUGUUUAGAUGUUUUGUUUUUUUUCAUAACUUUGUUUAUUAAGGUUCGCUGAAAAGUAAAUUAUAGCUUAUAGAAAUGUAGAUGUAAAGGGUAAAUCGCUGAAAGCAUAAAAUGUAAAGCAAAAAAUUUUUAAAUAACAAAACAUUUCGAAGUUUUUACAGCAUUACAUUUUCACUUUAAAUAUAAAGCUGUCACAGUGCUCUGAUCUACGUGUGAGGGGCGUUGCUGUGCUAUGAUAGUCGUGGUGCUCGGAUUUAUUUGCAAUGGGUACUUGUUUUGCUCUGAUUUGUGACAUGUGAAGUAGCAAGGCUCUGAUUUAUUUGCAAUGGGUAAUCACUUUGCUCUGAUUUGUGACAUGGGAAGUAGCAAGGCUCUGAUUUGUGUGAGGGCAAUCGCUUUGCUCUGAAGCCGGUACAAUGGUCGUUAGCAGGGCUCUUAUUUAUUUGUAAUGGGCAGUCGCGGUGUUCUUAUUUGUGUGAUGGGCAGUCACUUUGCUCUGAUUUGUGUGCGGGGCAAUCGCGUUGCUCUAAUUGGUGUGAGGGGCAAUCGUAGUGCUCUGAAGCAGGUACAAUGGUCAUUAGCAGGGCUCUUUAUUUGCAAUGGGCAGUCGUGGUGCUCUGAUUUGUGUAAGGGGCUGUUGUAGUGCUCUGAUGCAGGUACGAUGGGCAGUUGCAAUGAUCUGAUUUGUGUGCUGAAAUGUCAAGGACUUUAGAAACCAGCUAUUUCAAUGUCCUGUCAUGUCAUGUUCAGACUCUCUUGUUAAAGGGAUACUCGAGUGCUAGGAAUACAAAGUGUAUUUCUGGUAAUAUCGCUCCUUCUCCCUCGCACCCACCCUCCCCUGUAAAUCAAGGAUUAAAAACAGCCACUGGAGGCAGACAAAAAAAAAAAUGCAAUGUAAACAAUGCAGUUUCUCUGGAACGGCAAUGUUUAACAUUGCAGCACUAAGUGCGAAAGGACAGUUCCCUCACACCACUUCAAUUAGCUGCAGUGGUCUGGGUGCCUAUAGUGUCCCUUCAAAGAUCCUCUCCAAGUAGGACUGGUCAUGUGACGUAAUGCCACAUUUGGCCAAUAUUGUUUGUUCACAAAACUCCUCUAAUGCCUCUCAUGUGCAAGAGCCGUUGGCAGACAGAAGGGCCACAUUAUCUGGACUGUCAUAACAAAAUCAAGAUGCUUGCCAACUAUCGGUUAUACAUGUAUAGAUCUUCCCAUCCCCUCCUAUCGCACAUUGAAGGAGAGUCACCUAACAGGCAGAGUGCAAUCCCUGUCUAAUUCACUGCAGUAUAAAGGUUACGUGAAAACCAGACUCUUCCACUUGUAAUCAAGAUAAAGGGAAACGUUUACUUGGAUUUUAACCAAACAAGGUGGAGUGGUCAAUAGCAAGGUUGUAUAUAUUAUUCAGAGAGCCGUUUGGGCACUCCUUAGAUUUAGUGUUUGUAUUUGUCUGUUUGUAGGGUUUCCUAUGAAUCGUGGUCUAGUUGGCUACACGGGAAGUGGAUAA